GGCUAUCGCAGUGUGCAGAUCAUGUUUGAACACUAGAUGGCAGUCUAACGCUAUGUGAUGCAGCAGGAAGUCAGGCUGUUUGUGCCUUCCCCCUGUGCUCGGCGUGGAGUGACCUUUUACUGCAGAGACACGGUGGGUGACUUGUGGGGGGUCACAUGGGGCUAGUGUGUCUGUGUGGUGUGAGCUCAGGGCCUGACUGUAUCAUUUUAAACAUAAAUUAAGCCUUAUUCAGAUGUCUGAUCACCGGGAGAGGUUUAACCCUGUCUUGGUAAAUAUGGUGAGACAUUUCGUUUGCUGUGCAGUGUUAGCUCUCAUAUUUACAGAUGGCAUUGAUAAAAAGACAAAGAUAGGGCAUUUACCUGAUUCACCUGGACCACUAAUUGGUGCUGCUGAUGACACACAGUUUUAUAAAAUAAAUAAGGGGAGUAGAAUGUUCAUAUUUUUUACACAGACAGCUAUGAGUUGCUCUCACAGUAACCCAGAGUUACAUGUUGUCACAGGGAGUCUAUCAAUCAUGGAGUCUCCUGUGGCAUUCUGGAUGUGAUUAAUUAGUCAUUAUCCGCUAACAGCAUGUCAUCUCUGUUUACUGCUAGACAGCACUAUUCAUAUUCUCUAACCUUUCAGGAAAACAACACUAGAAUAACAAAAACUAAGGGAUACUAUAGUAUAGGCAUCAAAACAACUACUAACCACUAGAACUACUACAGCUUAUUAUAGUGGUUCUGGUGUCUGCAGCUGGUCCCUGCAAGCUUUUCUUUCUUUUCUUUAUUUUUUUUCUUUAAUAUAUAAUUUUUUAAAAAAUAUUUAUUUUAUUUAUUUAGAGAAUAUCUACUAUAAACUGAGUGACCUUCUUUGGAAAAGGUGUCAGGUUACUCCUCUAGAAGGUAAGAAGGUAAACCCUAAAUGACCAGGAGUAACCCCAAAAUAAUCAAAUAAAACUUAGCUUUUAAUAAAUAAUUAAAAUAUCUUAUCAUAAAUGUGCAGCAUAUCUGCAAAAAAUAUAUCCACAGAAAAAAUUAUAUUAAAUAGAAAAAAAUAUUGUUAUUAUAAUGAUAUGGUAUUAACCAAUACAGGAGUCAAGAUAAAUACAUGUAUUAAGUCUGUAUAGGUAAUUGCAUAGAACAAAAAAGCAACAAAUUGUUGACACAAAUACAUUGAUUUAACACCAUUCAGAGGUUAUUAGUAACCAAAAUGUAACAAGAUGUAACCUAUAUCUGCUACAUUGGAUCACAUCAAAUUGUUCCGGAGGAGAGCUAUAUAAUGUCUGAGACAAAGUACAGAGUAACUAUCAUAUCCUGCAGGAAACGAAGAUUCCCUACUCUGAUGUGCCUUCGUGUGCACCCCUUAAUAAAAUUCUGGGUGUCCUCCUCCCCCCUCUACUAGUAAUCUCACGGUGAAAAAAAAUAUAUAUAUACACUUACAAAAAAUAGAAAACGAAAUUAAAUACUAUUAAAAAAAAUUAAAGAGUAUAGUUAAUAUCAAAGAAGAUCGUAGUGCUUGUCAUCUCCCCAUCUAUUGGAUCAACUAAAUACUCUCUGAACGUCGUUUUCUAUUUUUUGUUAGUGUGUAUAUAUAUAUAUAUAUAUAUAUAUAUAUAUAUAUAUAUUUUCACCGUGAGAUUAUUACUAGUAGAGGGGGAGGAGGACACCCAGAAUUUUAUUAAGGGGUGCACACAAAGGCACAUCAAAGUUUUAUUUGAUUACUCCUGGUCAUUUCGGGUUUACCUUCUAAACGGUUUCCCUAAGUGCUUUUUCUUCUUUUUUCCUAUUAUUUAAAGAAUAUACACAUUUUCACAGCUUUUCACAGACAUAUAUUACAUUAAAACAGGAUUAACAUCGUACUAUAGUUGUUCAUAUAGAAGUAAAGGAAUUUUCUCAAAAAAAACAAAAACAUCUCCAUACAUAAGUCAAUUUACACAAAUUAUCAAAUUGUCUUAUGACAACAUAUUAUCUUCAUAUACUUCAUUAUGUAACCCAGUUUUCAAGGCCCCUUUUAUAUCUAAGUAGUGUCUGAGAUUAAUAUUAUUUUAAUACCAAAAAAGAGGAAAGGAAAAAAAGAAGAGAAAAACAAAAAAUCCUUAAUGCUCGACAUGAGGUCAAAUUAAACCAAGAGGGCUACCAUGGUAAAAUUAUCUUAUAGGUUGUUUGUUUGUCCUAGGUAUCCAUAGUUCUGCAUAGGUCAUUUGGAUACCAGUAUUAGAAAUAAAAUUAAAUUCCAUCUUAUGCUGAAAUUCUAUUUGUCCCAUAAUCUCCUGCCAUGGGAUAGGCACUGAGCAUUUCCAAGCUCUUGCUACACAUAUUUUAAUUUAAAAAAAAUGUGGAUCAGGAGAUAUUUUUGUCUCUUAUCUUUAGAAGGGAAGUCAAUAUUAAAAAGAAACCGCUGAGGACUAAUUUAUUUUACUUCCGGGAAUAAGGAAUUUAUAAGUUUAAGCAGUUGAAUUUUAAUAUUCCUUAGACCUGUGCAUUCCCACCAAACAUGAUAUAUAUAUAUAUAUAUAUAUAUAUAUAUAUAUAUAUAUAUCUAUAUAUAUAUAUAUAUAUAUAUAUAUCCAACAUCCACCCCACAUCUUCAACAUUCCACGGGAUACUCCGGUGAAAUUUUGUGGAGUCUUACUGGGACCAUAUACCACCUUUAGAUUAUCUUUAGAUGUAUUUCAUAAAAAGAUACACUAUAGAUGCAACACUUAACUAAUAGUGUGGCUGGUCCAUUCCGAGAGAGAGAACAUUUCCCCAAGAUAUUGUUCCCAUUUCAUAAAUGGGACUAUUUGGGAUUCCUGUUCUAUUGAUUCUAACAGUUUAAUGGAUCUAGAGUAGUGAUGUCCCGAACAGUUCGCCGAACGGUUCGCCACGGACAGCGAACAUAAACAUAAACUUUGACUCUGUACCUCACAGUUAGCAGACACAUUCCAGCCAAUCAGCAGCAGACCCUCCCUCCCAGACCCUCCCACCUCCUAGACAGCAUCCAUUUUGAAGCUGCAUUCUUAGUGAGCUGUCCAGGAGGUGGGAGGGUCUGCUGCUGAUUGGCUGGAAUGUGUCUGCUGACUGUGAGGUACAGGGUCAAAGUUUAUGUUUAUGUUUGCCGAACCGUACGGGACAUCACUAAUCUAGAGAUCACACCCUUCUUUUUAUAAAAUGUAUAAAGGAGUCUACAUUGUGGUUAUAGAGUAUUGUUUUAGACAUUACAAAGUUUUUAAUCCUUAGGUGCUGAAAGAGAUCUCUAGAUGGGAGAUUAUAUUUUACCUGUAAUUGUACAAAUGGGACAGGCUUAGUCCUAUCACAUAAAAAUGAAAUCUUCAAUAUAACAUGAGGAAUCCACAAUUGAACAUUUAUGUCCUCUAUUACAUAUUGUAACAAUUCCAAUGGGGCACUGUAAACUAAUUUUUUACUAACAAUUUUGGAGGUAAUAAUCAUAUCUAUAAGGAUUUUAUUAGAGUAUACAUCAGUGUCCAACUUCCCUUGUUUUAAAAUGCCAAUCCAAAAAAUAACACAUUUAUGUCUAGGGCUAUCUUCCUGUUCUAGUAUGGACCAUGAUUGAUUUUUUAACUUCUGGAUUUAGCCACAGUAAUAGAUGUGAUAACAUACUGGCUUCAUGGAAUUUAACGACAUCCGUAAAGGAUAAUACCCUCUUUUAGAAAGCUUUUCUAAAGGUUAUCAUAUGAUAUCCUAGGCUGUUUGUCUAACCAGAUAUACUUAGAAAAUAGAUUUUGGAACUGGCCAAGGACUCCUUUUCCUACUUUAUAGGGUAUCUCCCUAAAAUUAUACAAGAGUUUUGGUAUAAGGAAAGCUUUGAUCAGAUUUAAUCUGCCUAUCCAUGAGACCUUAAGCUUCCUCCAAUUAUCCACCUGUUGUUGCAAUUUUUUUAAUAGUAUAUAGUAUAUUAAUAUUAUUUUAAUAGAAUAAUUAGUUUGUAUCAAAUUUUCAAUAUCAAAGGAGAUUUUAAUUCCUAAAUAAUCAAUAUUAUAUCUUUCCCAUGAAAAGUGGAAUCGUAAAGUCAGAAGUUCUUCCUGAGCCUUAGUUAAAAAGGAGGAUAAGAUUUGAGUAUUUUUUUUUCUAAUCUUAUAAUUUGAGAAACUACUGUAGCAAGAUAUAGUUGCUAGAACAAAUGGAAUUGAAACUAGGGGGUCUGUCAGGGUGAGAAGCACAUCAUCUGCAAAAAGGGAAACUUUAAUUUCUCAGUGAAAUAUCUUAAUCCCCUUUAUAUUAAUAUUCUGCCUGAUCAUACUGGCUAGAGGUUCAAUAGUGAGAAUAUACAGCAGGGGUGCCAAAGGGCAUCUCUGUCUGGUGCCAUUUUUAACAUCGAAGGGGUCAGAUAAAAAAAAAAAAAAAAAGGAUUAAAGGGACAAUAUAGUCACCAGAACAACUACAGCUUAUUGAAUUUGUUCUGGUGAAUGGAAUCAUUACCUUCAGGCUUUUUGCUGUAAACACUGUCUUUUCAGAGAAAAAGCAGUGUUUACAUUACAGCCUAGUGAUAACCUAACUGGCCACUGCUCAGAUGGUUGUUAGAGAUCCUUCCAGGGUCAUGGCUGCCUAAAAUGCAUCCACACAUUCAGUAUCAACAUCUUCUGCAUGCAGACACUGAACUUUCCUCAUAGAGAUUCAUCGAUUGAAUUCAUCUCUAUUAGGAGAUGCUGAUUGGUCAGGGCUGUUUUUGAAUCACGUUGGCUCGCCUCUUUGUCAGUCUCAGCCAAUCCUAUGGGGAAGCAUUGUGAUUGGAUCAGACCACCACUUCUUAUGAUGUCAGCAGACUGCUUGUUUUUCUGAGUCUAACAGCAUGCAGAGUUACAGCUUCAGGCUUGAAUACAGUAAGAUUUUGCUAUAUUUAUGGAGGCAUGAAGGACCCAGGGGGGCUAGAUUGUGGUGUUAACACUAUAAGGUCAGGGAUACAUGUUUGUGUUCCUGACCCUAUAGUGAUUCUUUAAUUGUUUUUGCUGAAGAGUUCAUGUAUUGGUUUUCUUCUUAAAUUGCCCCUGAGGCCGAACUGGCCCAUGACAUAGUCAAGGAAUUUCCAAUUGACUCUGUCAAAGGCCUUCUCGGCAUCAAGUGCCAUAAUAACAGAUCACAAUUUAUACUUGUUAAUUUAUGGAUUAAAUUAAAUAUCCUACGUGUGGUAUCCGUAGUGCCUCUCCCCCUGACAAAUCCUUACUGGUCAACAUUAAUAAGAUCACCAAUGGCCUCCUUAAGACGACUAGACAUAAUUUGAGAGAAAAUUUUCAUAUUUAUGUUAGAGAUAUAGGUCUAUAAUUAGUAAUAAGUGAUGGAUCCUUAUCUGUUUUUGUUAUAGGAAAUGGAUUAUCAACCGACGCUUCCAUAUACAUUUUCAAAAGGAUAGGAGCAAUAAGUCUAGAAAAUGUUUUAUAGAAAAUAGCGGAAAAGCCAUCAGGGCCAGGCGCUUUGUUUAAUUGAAGGUUAUCUAUCACGUCUAUAACUUCAGACAACAAAAAUGGAGUGUUCAAUAUAUCUAAUUUCUUUUGAUUUAUUUUUUGGAGCUUAAGUUUAAUUAGAAAUUCUUCCAUUUACUUAUUGCUUUUCUCUACAUCCUUUAAAUUGUAUAGAGAUCUAUAGAAGUCUACAAAUGCUUUAGCAAUAUCGUUUGGUGAAGUUAAAUGUUUAUCACCUAUAACAAUUUUUUUUAUGGAUUUAUCUUAAAGGUGGUUCUUAAUUUUAUUUGAAAGAUCUUUAUUUAUUUUAUUGUUGUUAUGAUACCACCUUUGCUUAAGGAAGGCUAUAUUUUUAUCAGCCGUAUUGUAUAUUUAUUCUUUAAUAGUCUCCCUUAAUCCCUUAAGGACACGACAGAAAUAUUCCAUCAUGAUUCCUUUUAUUUCAGAAGUUGUGUCCUUAAGGGGCUAAGCUGGCUAUUUCUUCACCAGUUACACCAGUUCGUUAUUGACCUUAAUUUUAUUUAAGCGUUCUUUAUUUGCUAAUUUAAAUUUCAACUCUUGCAAAGAUUCUUCCUUCCCCCGUUUUAGUUCUGAUCCUAGCUUUAUCAUUAGUCCCCUUGCAUAACUUUUGAGAGUACACCAUAGUGUUGCCGUGGAAACUUCACCAUUAUCAUUAAUAGUCAUAAAAUUGUCUAAUUCAGAUGUCAAAGUUUCAAUAUUAUGUUCAGAUUUCAAAAGAAUUUUGUUAAGUCUCCAUCUUGUCCUUGGCCUAAAGCUCUCUUUUAGUUUAACGUAAAUAAAUACUGGGGCAUGAUCCAAUAUAACUAUAGAUCCAAUAUUCGAUUUAAUAAUUGACCCUAGAAAUCCUGCCUUCACCAAAAACAAAUCUAUAUGGAAAUAAGUCUGAUGAACCUGUGAGAAAAAGGUGUAAUCUUUCUCAGUAGGGUUCAAAGUCCUCCAAUAUAGAGAGUUCCUACUUAGAAGUUCAGAGAAGUCCAACUAGUUGGAUUUUUGGGGCUUUUGUUCUCUAGUAUUUUUAAGGCCUUUUAUCCACUCUUGGAUCUACCACACAAUUAACACCUCCACCAACUAACUACAUCGGAUUAUAGUUUGGUGCAUAGCUAUUACCAAAAGUGUAUCAAACACCGUUAAUUUUUUAAAUAAGAAUCAAAUAUCUACCAGCCGUAUCUUUAGAUAAAUGUAUAAAUUAAAAAUUAACUUUGUUAGAGAUAAUAAUAGCAGUACCUCUUUUUUUCUGUUUACCUUCCAUAUUUGCGCUAUAUAUUAACGGGACUUUCUUAAACUUCCAAAAUCUAUCUGGGGGAUCAAUCCAAUGUGUUUCCUGGAUGAAAGCAAUAUCUAUACCAUUCUCAAUCAGAAAUUUGUAUACUGCACCCCUAUUCUGGGGUGAGUUCAAACCCUGGACAUUCCAUGAAAUUCAUUUAAGUGAAGUCAUAGAACCUAUUUUCCGUGGAUGGCCCCAUGUCGAGUUUCAAUCCAAUAAUAAAAAUAACAUAAGUAAAAAUACAGAAAAGAAAAAUCAAAUAAAAAAUUAAUCUAGAGAAGGGGAGUUGUCCCUCUCUAGCAGUCGAGUAAGGAGACAAACUUACAUUUAUCCCACUAGACAUAUCCUGCCAAAAUUGCAGGGGUGAUGAGGAAGUACCAAUAUCAUGAAAGUUAACUACCCCUAUACACAGUGGAGAGAGAAAUGCGAAAACUGACUCAAUAAAGAUAUCAAGAACAAGGAUUACAUCAAUCCCCUUUCCUAUUCCCAAGACCUUUUACUAAUAUUUAACUACUCCAUGAAUAUCUUAGUUAUUAGGGAAUUAUCUCAAAGUAUAUUAUUAAGAGGAAUAUUCUGAAGGGGGCAAAACAAGUCAAUAAUAACUAAUUUAUCCCCUCAUUAUAUUAAUGAUUGAGUUUCACCAAUGUUAGAUCAAAACACUGAAUUAGAACAGUCAUAUAUAAACAGUGUAUAUUUCAAGCCCCUAUUACAUUACCUAGAUUACCUAUAUUUUUGGUUUAAUUCUUCCACUAUUCAUACCACCAGACCUAUGUUGAGGGGGUAGGGCUAUUUUAGUUGCCACUACUUAAAAUAUGUUCCAUUUAAAAAAAUUGUUUUCAUGAUAUAUCAUCCGUAUAUCCUUUUAAAUCCUUAUUAUAUCCAGCCUACAUAUUAAAAUAACAACCAUAUGAAGUUCCAGCUCUCACAUCCUUAAUUAUUUUCUUUCUAUACUAUUAACCAUUUGCAUUCAUCAAUGCUAUACAACAUAUAAGUUGAAAUACAAGACAUAUGUCAACAAUUGUCAAAGGUAAAGGUCAUACCAAAAAGUAUACCCUAAGAAAAAACUAAGUGACUAAUUGGUGUUUCCCUUAAACUCUCUUUGUAUUAAUGAUAAACUACUUUCUUCGUGAAAAAUAUAAAUUUGAGAAAACAUUUCUCCUCUUCCAACUGUCACAAAAUCUAUCAAAAUUAAAUCCAAUGUAUGAAACUUAUAGUUCCAUUUCCAUAGUGAGAAAGAAAAUCCUUAUCCUUCAUGCUUUAAGAUUAAGUUUACCACAAAUUACUAAAUCAUGUGUAAGUGAAAAUAGCACGUGUAAUUAAAUAGUCAAACUCAGAUGUGCAGAUAAACCAACUUCAUAAAACUCAAUAUUUUUUUAAAGUGUUGUGAAACUCCUAAAUAUAUAGUGCUAACCACCAUUAUUCUGUUAAUUGAAUAUACCUAUAUAUUAAAUCCAUCCACUAAUCGUGUAGCCAUUUGUUUGCCAAAAAAAAAAAAUACCUAAAUACAAUUUUACAAGUGCGCUUCUCUUCACUUUUCCAACCUACAUGUAGACAUCAAUAGGAAAUAAAAACAAUAAAAAAGGCUGCGCACAUAAAAUAAAGUCCAAUUAAAAGGAAAAGAAAAAAGUCCAACUGGUUUAUCCUUACAGGUAUCCUUGGUUGAUGAGGUCUUCUACUAUUGUAGUGGUUUCACUUAUUAUGAAAGAUAAAAAGAGAAAAAAAAGGGGGACAACCAAUGGUGUAGUACGUAAAAUUCAGAUAUAGACGUAAAAAUAAUAGUAUAAAACUCACAUUUACCAGAGCUAAUGUCCAGCUCUGGAGUGAAGCGCGUCACUCCAGAGCUGGACAUUAGCUCUGGUAAAUGUGAGUUUUAUACUAUUAUUUUUACGUCUAUAUCUGAAUUUUACGUAGCUACACCAUUGGUUGUCCCCUUUUUUUUCUCUUUUUAUCUUUCAUAAUAAGUGAAACCACUACAAUAGUAGAAGACCUCAUCAACCAAGGAUACCUGUAAGGAUAAACCAGUUGGACUUUUUUCUUUUCCUUUUAAAUGGACUUUAUUUUAUGUGCGCAGCCUUUUUUAUUGUUUUUAAUUAUCUUGUCUUAAAGGGUUUGAGGGAUUCCCCUUUUUUAAGGUUGCUGCCCAAUAGUUAUCUAGCGCUGUCUCAUUCUUCUUAUAUAUCAAUAGGAAAUACUCUUAGUAAACGUACCAGCCAUAUACUACCAUAGCAUAGAGCCAUAAUUGCUUAGGCAACAACUUAUUUUCUUUAUACCAGAACAGUUGUUUACUCCAAUAUAUAUAGUUGAAUUCUAUCAUUUGUUCAAUAAAAAGGAUGGGCCUCCAGAAUAUACUAUAACCCUUUUACAAUAAAACUAAACAGAUCUCAAUGAGCUAUUCCCUUUCCCUCCCUCUCUAUAAGGGCCAAAUAAUUACUCUUUUAACUUAUUCAGUAUAAAUUUUACUAAAGGUUCCAAGAUUGAAUUGCUUCUUGUGCAGCGGCUGCUUCUUUAAAGAGAGAGUGCUGAUUUUCAAAGAAUACAGUUAAUGCCGUGGGAAAGUUCAAUUUGUAUUUAAUACUAUGAGAUCUCAGUAUAGCGGUCUGAGCCGCGAAGCUCCUUCUUUCCUGCCAAGUCGUUAAAGAUAGAUCUGAGUAGAGCGUGAUAUCUUUAAAUUGUGGAUCUGAAAUUGAAUUCUUCUGUGACGAUUGCAUAAUCAGGUUUAUAAUAUAAUUAUUGGAGAAACAAACAGUAAUGUCUCUUGGAAUAUCUGACGACAUAUUCUUCGGUCUGUAUAAUCUAUGAUGUCUUUCAAAUGGAAAUUCUCACAUAGACCUUUCAGGGAUAAAUUUUGAAAAGGCAGAUCUUAGGAAGUGGUCCAGCUGAUCAAAAUUAAUCGAUUUCUGGGACCCCUCUCAGUUUUAUGUUGCUCCUUCGAGACCGAUCCUCCAGAUCAACUACCUUUGCUUCAGUAAAUUAAUCUUCCCUUCCAAUUGUAUAUACUUUAAGGUUAGAUCAUUAGUCGCUUGCAUUUUUUGAAGUGUAUCAGAUUGCAAAUGCAGUUUAGAAGAUAAUUGGAAUAACUCCAACCGUAGAAUAUUAGACUUAUCUUCAGAGUCCUGUUUUAGUUUAAGCUAUAAGGCAUCAAGUGCUUUAAGUAUUUGUUGUGUAAUAUACUGAGAGGUUACCAAAUGGGCUUCCUGGGUUAAAUUUAGAGGAACGUAUUCUCUGUGUUCACCUAAAAAUGGCCUUUUAACUAAGGAGUGAUCUUGAGAUUUAGGUGAAUAAAUAUGAGUUAAUAUUUUUAGUUUUCUCAAUAUAUACAUAUGAAAUUUUCUCUUUAUCUCUUUUGGGAGACAUUUUAAUUGUGAUUCUAAGAAUUCCUUUAUACCACGUUCCACCCACAAGAGAGAGGAAGAGAGGGGAAAAGAAAGAUAAAACAGCAGACCAAAAAAAAAUAAAAUAGUUUUUAUCUCCGCCUUGGGAGAUUAGUUUCUGGAUUUUAAGCAAUUGCCUUCCUAUUAAUCUUCAUCCAGGGAUUUGUAGAACUACUAUAAUUUUCAGAAUGUACCGACAUGAGUAUAUAUUACUACUUAUCCAGAAGAGUGGAUACCGCUGGGUGAUCACAGCUUCCCAGCCUCCAUUUCCAAUGCCAAGCUGCCGCAACUCACCGCUAGAAACUUUUACAGCAAGGUAUAUCGCCUAUAGUGAGCGAGAGCAUGAUGGACAGCUAACAAAUUCAUCGGAGGUCAUAAGUAUUCCUUCAAUCCUUUGCUCUUUUGCCUCUUGUCCUUUGCAGAUUUACAGGUUUAAACUUCGACGACUGCUUCAACGUUCAGCGCUUUCAAAAGAUCCCCUCCUCUGACCCAUAUCCUCGUUGUGACGGGAGCAUGCGUGCUCACGUGUCACGUCAUCCCCCUCCCCGGAACCAGACAGUUUGUUAUGAUGUCAUUAUCCGCUAACAGCAUGUCACCUCUGAUUACUGCUAGAAACGAUUAUUUUUGUAAUUAAGUAAUUCUCAUUUUAUUAUUCUGUGUAAUCUAAAUAAGAGAUUAUUAGAAGACUGUUGGAGUCUCAAAUCGCACUUCCAAUUUCUUAAAGGCAAGUAACCUAAUAUCCAAAAGGACUAUAAUCACUCUCUAUUAGGAUACUUCAUUGAUAUAUUAAAGAAAGAGAGAAGGAGAGAGGAAAGGAAAAAAACAUUCUCCAUACUCUCUAAGAAUAAGGAAAAAGAAAAAUAGCUUCUACAAAAACUACUGAAGAUAAAAGAAAGAAAGGAGGCGAAUACAGAAAAGAUUGUCUGGCUUUUUCUCCCCUUCACAAAAUAAAUAUCAAGCUCUGCAAAAGAGAAUGGAAUAAUCCCCACAGAGUUUAUUACCAAAACACUCCACCCAGCAAAAACAAGUAGGAGUGACGGAAGAUAUGCUGGUUAACUAUUUAGAAAAAUUUGCAGAAGAUAUUAGAGAAGACAUAGCAACUAUCAGAUCAGAAAUAAAACAAGAUUUUACAAAUAUCCAGAACAAAUUAGCUAAAUUGGAAGAACAUUCUAUCAGACAGGAGAUUCUAUCUAAUAAUUAACAGGAGACAAAUUCCUUGCUGAAAGAGAAAAUAAGUCUGCUUGAAUCCAAAAUUAACGAUAUAGAAGAUCGCUCUAGAAGAUCUAAUAUCAGAAUACGCAACAUACCAGAAGAAAUUGCAACCAAUAAGCUGCAGAUAUAUUUGCAAGAUUUUUUCAAUAAGUUGUUACCUAAUAGAGAUAAACAUGAAUACUUAAUGGAGCGUUUUCAUCGACUAUCUAGACAGCGAAGUAUCCCAUAUAAUGUACCACGAGAUGUAAUUAUAAAAUUUCAUAAUUUCCAGACAAAAAUUGAUAUUUUGGCAUCAAUGAAGUCUAAACCCUCAUUAGAGGACAAUUUCAAAAAUCUUCUUAUAUUCCAAAAUCUUUCCUAUACCACGAGGACAUGGAGAAGAGGAUUUGUGACCACUUUAAGCUUGCUGAGGAAAAACAACAUUAAGUAUAGAUGGACAUAUCCCAAUAUGAUCAAGGUUACAUGGAACCAGAGAACAGAGAAUUUGGAUUCCCUGGAAAAACUGCUAAAUUGGGUUAAAGACUGUAACAUCACAUAAUGCAUCGUGUUGAAUGCUUCCUGGAUUAGAUAGUAGUAUUGCUAAAGAUAAAGUAAUUAACCUGUGGCGAAGUAAAUGUCCACUGAGAUUCUGCAAUAAUGUAUUAAAAGAAAAAAUACAAUAUAAAACCCACCUUGUACGGUAAACCUCCUAUAUCGAAAGAAGUAUUGUAUAAAGUCUCACAAGGCUGGUAUUAAAAUAAAAAGGAGCUUUAUUAAAUAUGGCUCUAUAUAUAAACACAAGUCAGCCCCUGUGAGAACAAUUGAUUGCUGCGAGGAAAGAGAAGCUAUGUAGUCAGUCAGUAUACAUAGCACCAAAUGGACCUAACAGUAGAGAUAAUGUCAGCUUGUAUGAGGCACGAAGGGCUAUUUAAAUGAGUCACAUAAACCCUGUUGGGUGGCCAAGUGGCCAAAUAGGUAUAUACAAUAUAGUAGAUAGGAGAAAGAUUAAAAGACUGGCAAAAAUUUAAACUGUCAAAACCUCUCUCCCUGUUAAGCUCGCUAGACAGACAUAGGAGGAAAGUUCAAAAGUAAAACUCAAAGUACGUGAACCAUCAAAGCAACAUGCUAACUAUUAGUGAAAAAUAAAGUGCCCAGUGAUAAAACAAAAAAGCAAGAAUGCCCAACACACUUUUCGGUGCAGAACUACAUGCACCUUCGUCAGGGCAAAACAAUACAAUGGCAGUGAUUUCUCUUAUAUGCCAGUAUCCUACGUGGGAGCUCUGGGUAUCAGCCAAUAGUCAGGCUGUACCUUAAUGAGAGGGUGUGUGUAUAUGGCAUAUGUGAGCAACGCCCUAUUAGUAAUGUUAAAAGUAUAUUACGAUCGGGGCAUAUGUCAAGUCAUUCUUCUUACCCCGUACAGAUAUACCUCCGCACAGAUGCCAAUGCUUCCCUGUCUCCCCGCCGCGUGACCCAUGGCAGCAAAGUGCAAACAUGAAAAGUAAACGAUUACCGUGCUUGCAAUGAAACAUGUGCUUAGCGACCCAACAAGCCCACAUCCAUCACAACCACAGUGGUCCAUUCAUUAUUCCUGUGUGAUCCGGAGUGGAUCUGGGUCAGCUGAAAUUAGGAUCCACAGAGUAAGAGGAAUAAGUGUCCGCAUGAGUGUACUCGAAGUGUGGGCAAAGUAGUCAUCCAUAUUACCAACCACUGUCUAUCAAUAGCACUGAUUAUCACCCUAGCAACCCUGGGUACACAAGCACAUUCAGAUCUCCUAAUGUGACCUCCAUAUAUCAGACAUGGGUACAUAAAGUAUCUAUAUGUCUCCGCACUCGGGGCAGCAAAAUAUGAGCAGGAAAAGUAAACUAUUACCGAGCUUGAAAAAUGAGUACUUAGCGACCGCACAAACCAACAUCCAUCACAAUCAGUGGUCCAUAGUUAUUCCUGUGUGAUCCAGAGUGGAUCUGGGUCGGCUGGAAUUAGGAUCCACAGAGUGAGGGGAGUAAGUGUCCGCAUGAAUGUACUCGAAGUAUGGGCAAAAUAGUUAUCCAUAUUACCAACCAGCGUAUCAGUAACACUGAUUAUCACCCUAGCAACCAUGGAUACACAAGCACAUUCAGAUCUCCUAAUGUGACACAUGUAUCAGACUUAGGUGCAGAAAGUAUCUGUAUGUUGCCAGGGAUGAUUAAUAUCUGAUCUUAAUAAAUAUUUACAUGUAUAUGUGUCAUAGGCACAUAGGUAUUAAUAUCUGAUCACACUAAGUGUUUACAUGUAUAUGUACAUACACUCAUGUUGAUGAAUGUGUCAUAUUGUCAAUACUAAUGUAUGUAUCUUAAGGGGAAUCCUGGAUGAGUAAUAAUAUUACAUCCUUGAUUACAUACCCAUAUAAAUAUAGUGAAAUUAAAAAAUAAAUAAAAAUGGAAGCAAACAUUACUAUUUACAAUAUUUACAGCGUAAUAGGAUGGUACUGUUAAGACCAUUUAAUCUGAGAUAAAUGAUGUAUAUGAGAAACCUUCAUUGAGGCCCAUUGGUGACAGUGUUUUCAGUUUAUAUAUCCAAAGGCUCUCUCUUUGGAGAAGCUUCUUAUCAAGGUCACCCUUUCUAGGACCAAGUGACACUUUUUCUAUGCCACAGAAGCGAAGUCCAUCUGAUGAACCGCCAUGACAAAGUUUAAGAUGCUUUGAAAUUGGAGUGUCUACUAGUCUCCUUGGGUUAACUGAAUUGACGUGUUCGCUGAUCCUGAGCUUGAAGGCACGAAUAGUUGUUCCCAUGUACAAUUUAUUACAUAAGCAAGUCAGUAGGUAUACUAAUCCGACUGACUGACAGUUGAAAAGUUUUUAGUGGUGAAUUCAUGGGUGUUAGUUGAGUCAAAGAAUGUCUCAGAUGGUCUCCUUAUAAAUUUAUAUGCUUUGCACCUGCCACAUUGGUAGGUACCUACUGCGGAAGGUUUAAGCCAUGUUGAUUUGGUAGUAUUAAGAAAACUAGGGACCAGGAUAUCCUUCAGGUUCCUCCCACGUCUCGCUGUCAACGAGACAUGCGGAUUGAUUGCCUUGUGUAGAGGUUUGUCUUGAUGCAGUAAGGACCAAAACCUCUCCAGGAUCUUAAUAAUUGAAUGCCAGCCAGCGUCAAAGUUACCAAUGCAUCUAAUAGAAUCCAAAGGGGGUUUGUCUAGCAGAUCAUCAGUGAGAAGGUCUUUGUGGUCAGUUAGGAGAGCACGUUUAUGCGCAGCUUUAAGGCACCUAUUUGGAUAUCCCUUCUUUAUGAACUGGGCCCUCAGCGCCAUUGUUUUCUGUUUGAAUUCAUCCAAAGUAGAACAAUUGCAUCUAAGGCGCAAAUAUUGUCCCACUGGGAUACCUUUCUUGAGGGUGGGGGGAUGAUAACUAUCCCAAUUCAGAAGACCGUUGGUAGAAGUGGGUUUCCGAAAGAGUGUGGUUAAUAGGUGUCCCCCAGUGUCAAUUGUAAUUGUGAUGUCUAGGAAAUUGAUCCUUUUCCCACCUAUUUCAGAGGUGAAUCUUAAAUUGAAGUUGUUAUGGUUAAGUGUCCACAAAUUCAUUAAAUAAAGCCAUGGUGUCCGUCCAGACUAUCAGGAUAUCGUCAAUAUAUCUUUUCCAAAGCAUUAUGUGUUGAGUAUAUCCCUCAAGUCUGGUAUCGAACACCGCAGUCUGUUCCCACCAACCCAGCUGGAGGUUGGCAUAUGAGGGGGCAUAAGCCGUUCCCAUAGCUGUCCCUCUCACCUGGUGGUAAUACUUCCCCUGAAAUAGAAAGUAAUUAUGCAUGAAAAUGAAACGCAUCAAUUCCUGUACAAACACAUUAUGCCUUGCAAACGCUGCUGAACGUGUGUCUAGAGAGACUGUCAAGUGAUCCAGACUCAUGGUAUGUGGGCAGGGCAAGAUUAAGAGCCCAGUGGGCCUGGUGCUGACAAUUAUGACGGGCCUAAUUACAGAAUCAUAUCGACCAAAAACAGUAAAACACAUGUGUCUGAUGGAGAUGGUGCUGGAGAGAAAGAAAACAGCAGCUAUAAGAAAACACAUACCCUAGGCUAAUCUCUCUCUAAUUUGUUUUCAUCUUUUAAGUAAAUCCAUUACCCCUAACAGCAGUGUCCAGUCAAGCAGGAAGCCAAUGGGCAUGGUAAAAGGGUGUGUCACUGACACAAAUCACGUAACCUGCCAAAAGGGGCAAACAUGCCCAAAAAGAGGACAUGUCUGCUCAAAGAAUUAGGCCAGCCUGGCAUGAAUGCAUGUCAGGCUGCCUACCAGUCAUUCAGGCUGGCCAACUAAGAGCAUACUAUGCAGACAGCACCCUGAGCUUGUCAUAAAUGCAUCUAAUGAUGCGCUCACUCAACGCUUUCUAAGGACUGUCCCCUAGCACUCGCUGGUCCACUUGUCUCCUUACCAUCUUACUAGCAGGCAGAAGCUCCUGGUAUAUGGUCUGGGACAGAGAAAAUCUGUAGGUAGUGAGUGUAGAAGAAAGGGAACAUGCCACAGUGUUAGAGAGACCAAAGUGAGCAUUACCUUAAAGGAUCACAAUAGGAUCAGGAACACAAACAUGAAUUCAUGACCCUAUAGUGUUAACACCAUCAUCUAGCCCCCCUGGGCCCCUCAUGCCUCCAUAAAUAUAGCAAAAUCCUACUAUAUUCAAGCCUGAAGCUGUAACUCUGCAUGCUGUUAAACUCAUAAAAACAAGCAGUCUGCUGACAUCAUUAGAAGUGGUGGCCUGAUCCAAUCACAGUGCUUCCCCAUAGGAUUGGCUGAGACUGACAAAGAGGCAGAACAGGGUCAGAGCCAGCAUGAUUCAAACACAGCCCUGGCAAUCAGCACCUCCUUAUAUAGAUGAAUUUAAUUAAUGAAUCUCUAUGAGGAAAGUUCAGUGUCUGCAUGCAGAGGGAGGAGACACUGAAAGUUUGGAUGCAUUUUAGGCAGCCAUGACCCAGGAAGGAUCUCUAACAGUCAUCUAAGGAGUGGCCAGUGAAGUUAUCCCUAGGAUGUAAUGUAAACACAGCAUUUUCUCUGAAAAGACUGUGCUUACAGCAAAAAGCCUGAUGGUAAUGAUUCUACUCACCAGAAUAAAUUCAAUAAGCUGUAGUUGUUCUGGUGACUCUAGUGUCCCUUUAACUAUAUUCAUUGUCAGCCAGUCCACACAAGUUUUGUUCCCAUACAUCCCUCUUAAGUUUACAUACUUAAGUAAGAGUAUGUGAAAAGUAGUUAGGGUUGCCACCUUUCUUGGAAAAACAUACCGGCCUUACUAAUUUGCAUAAUUAAAUAUGUGUGGGUGACAUCACAUGAUGUAAAUCACAAGGAGUGACAUAAGAGAAAAUGCUGUAAAAUCACCAAAAAACUACUUAGUUUAAAUCUGCUGUAUAGAUGGAUUCCUCUCAGUGUCCCCAUGUCUCCCAGUGCCCCCAUGUGUCGAUUACUCCAGGUCUCAGUGUUCCUAUGUAUCCGUGUCUCAGUGCCCCAUGUCUCCCAGUGUCCUCUAGUGUCGUGUCCCCAGGUCUCCCAGUGAACCUAUGUAUCAGUGUCUCAAUGCCCCAUGUCUCCCUGUGUCCCCAUGUAUCCCAGGGUCUCCAUGCCACUAGGAUACUAGGAAGACGGGGAGACCUUUGGACACGGGGAGACCUAGGGACACGGAGACACCAGUGACACUGGGAGACUAGGGGACUCUGGCUGGGACACAUGGGGACAAUGGGAAAAUAGGGGACACUUGAAGACAUGGGGACACAGACACCAGUGACAAAGAUACUAGAGACACUGGCUGGGGGACAUGGGGACAUGGGGGCACUGGGAGAUAUGGGGACACUGAGACACCAGGGCCACAGACACUAGCUUGGGGACAUUGUGACACUUGAGGCACUGAGAGACAUGGAGGCACUAGGAGACAUGGGGACAGUGAGACACUGGCAGACUGGGGGCACUGGGAGACUAGGGGUCACUGGGAGACUAGGGGGCACUGAGACACCAGGGACACUGGCUGGGAGACAUGGGGACACUGUGUCCCCAUGUGUCUGUGCCAUAAUAUCUCCCAAUGUCCCUUAGUGUCUCAGUGUCUGCCAUAAUGUCUCCCAAUGUCCCUUAGUGUCUCAGUGUAUGUCUACUUGCAGCCUUUUCCCCCAUCCCUUACUUCCCUGAGCUGUAGGCUGUCUCUGCAGAGUGGGAGUUGCUGUCUGGACUCUCUGUAGCUGCACCCCUGCAGAUCAGUGAGUAUAGAUAGGCAGGGAGGGAUAUGCUGGAACUUCCUAUCCCUGCCCAUCUCCACAUACAGCGACCCCUACUGGCCAGUGCUGGUAUUGCAGAGUAAUCUCCAUUUAUACUGAGAAAAAUACCAGCAUUUAUAUUGCCAGUAUCACUGCAAUAUUGGCACCAGCCAGGUAGCCUCAAAUACUGGCUGUGCCAAUAAAAUAAAAGCCAGGUGGAAUCCCUAAGAGUAGUGUGUGAGAAAAAAAAAAUCUGUAAAAAAAAAAAAAAAUCAAUUUUUUAAAUCAAUGGGCCUGGGCCUGGGCCUGGAGCUGCAGCUCCAUCAGCCCCUAUGUUAAUCCGGCCCUGUAUGUGGGAUGGAAUUGUAGAGACCCUCUACAUGAAGGCUACAUAAAAUUGCAUUGUUGGGAAUUUUUAUACCAUCUAGAACAUUCAAUGUUUGUUUGGUGUCUCUAAGAUACGAUGGGAGUUUCGUAACAAUCUCUCUCAGGAUCAAUUGGUCUACCAGUUAGUGUAGGUGUUUUUUUUAUGCAGUGAUGAGACAAGAGCCUCUUCCAGGAUCUAUUUUAAUUCACGUAGGUAUUUCCUAGUGGGGUCUCCACUUAGUACUUCGUAUGUAUUACUGUCUUCAAUAAGCCGUAUAGCCAUCACUACAUAAUCAGUCCUACUCAUCAUGACAACAUUGCCCCCUUUAUAAGUAGGUUUGAUAAUUAUGUUAUCCAUCUCUUUUAGCUGUUUAAGAGACGUUUGUUCUCUAGGGGUCAUGUUGUCAAAUGCUUGGAUUGGCAGAAGCUUUUUAUAGAUUUUUUUUUUCAAUUUCGCUACAUGUCAAUUCCACAAACAGAUCUAUGUAUUUAAAUUCUGCGAGGUGUGGAGUGAAUUCACAUAAGUUGUAUGUAUGGGAGAUGGGGGUUUUCAGGGAGAUCGUUACUAGUAAGGAGUUCAACCGGAGUGUCCAGCAAGUCAAUAUCAGAGGACUGCAAACCCAAGGUCUUGGCUCUUUUUUCCUCUCUAAUACGAUGGAACUUAUGGAAGGCAAGUUUCCUUGUGUCCUUUGUCCAGCUGAACUUGUCAAAGUCAGGUACUGGAACGAAGGACAGACCCCUCUGCAAGACCUGUAUUUCAGAUACUGUAAGGGUAUGGGAGGUGAGAUUAAUGACUUGGUUAUGAUUACUGUCUAGUAUCUACUCCAUCUGUGUUUUUGUGGUCUUGAUUGGCUCCGUGUACGGGAGGGCACACUGUCCUCCAUAUUCGGAUAGCCUAAAAAAGAGACUCCCCUUUUAAGUGUACUUCUGGUAUUUUGUUCAAAGGGGACCGACGUUCCCUCCCUAUUUUAGUCUGAUUCUGAGCCACUCGUCUCAUAUUCAGAGGUGGAGAGCGGUUCCGAAAAACUUUUCCUAACUCUAUUCCUUUUGUAGACGUUGCCAUUUUUAAAGUCUUUGCAGUCUCUGAUAAAUUUUGAUAAUUUUCGUGUCUUAAUGCCAUGCUGGAACGUAUCUAAAUUAUUGUUUAGUUUCGUUUCUAAAGCUUCAAAGUUGAAUCAUACUUGAAUUUUUCUAUCUGGUUGAUCUGCUCAUCAACUUCUUUAUUUACUUUUUCUAGUCUUUUGGUUUCAAAUUUACAGGGAAUCUCCAUCAAUCUUUUUGAACAAUUCCCCGCUGCCUCUUCCCACUCUCUCAUGUGGCUGGGAUAUUCUGGACCCUAAGGCCUCUAGGUAUUAACUCUUUUUUUAAGGCAAUUUGCCAAUGAAGCUGUGACGGAACGCUGGCACUCUGACUGAGUACCUCCGCCAAUCGAUGCUCCUAGUGCUCGCUGAGGACUCCAAGCACUCCAACCGACACCAUCAGCACUGCAGACCCCACUUCCAGCGAUGCAACUGCGCCGGGGUCUCUGCUGUCUCCACCCACCCUGGACUCAAGGCCAGGAUCCAGCUUCCAGUGGGUGAACCUCUCUUUCCCCAGAGAGCAGGAACAGGAACAAAUCAAGCUAUUGCAAGAGCUUCCUCUGGGGAGUAAGUGAUUAUAGCAAUCCCCAGAGUGUAGGUAUCCCUUCCCCCAAACAUGAGCCAAGGCUUAAUGCUGGAACAAGACUGAUUUACUGGCACACAGAACUCACAAUUUAUGCAACACAAAACUCCUCCUCUGGGCCAGGCUAGAUAAUUGAGUUUCUACAAUACACAAAGCUCAAUUAUCUGCUGGCCAGAAACAUUACAAUUUUUACAGCAUUCAUAACUUCUAAAAUAUACAUCACAGGGACCCCAAAACAUGCAAUAACCCCAUAAAAAGUAUAUCCUUGGAACCGGAUAGUCCAAAACCACUGCACGAUGUCUCUGUGCACCAAAUACUGGCAAGAUGGCACCAUGUUGAAAAGUCCAAACAGUGUCUGUGAGUUAAAAUGGCUGCCAUCCAUUGUUCUCACCAUGUGCUUCUGAUACAGGAAAUGGUGGCCACCCAGUAACUCCACAGUAUGUCCCCAGAUGGUUCUUAAAGGGCCAGCAGCAGCACAACACAAAUCCAUUAUGCCCAAAUCAUGUCUUUAAAGGGCAAUACAUCCCAGGGGCCAUAGUCACAGGGCAAGAGGCGGGCAAGCAGUCCUCUCCAGGCACAAGUGGCGAAGGGCACUUCGUCACAGAAGCUAUCUCCCACCUGGUUUUAAUUUGUUGCCGAAAAAGAUUAGUUAGGUGAUAAAAUGCUGCGGAAAUGUCUGCAUUGGAAGAGAUGCCACUGAACUCUUGGUCUGAGAAUACUAGAUCUGUGUCACUACACCAGAUCUCUCUUAGAUUUAUCAAAUAGUAAGCUAGCCAUAAUUAUCGCUGUUUGGUGCUGAAGGUAUUGAAACCCCCCAAAAAAGAAGUAUAGAGAUGGGAAUGAAAUGUGCCCAAGUGUUCCCAAUGCUCCUAGGCACCAAAGAGAGACUCCAGGGGUCUCUCAGGGCAUAACCCUAGAUAAUCAAGAAAGACAAAACAGAGCAUGUAGGUUCACCACAAGGGAACCUACAAUGCUUCCUGGAAAUAUAGAUAGUAGUAUUGCUGAAUAUAAAUAUAAAGUAAUUAACCUGUAGAGAAGUGUGCACUGAGAUUCUGCAAUACAGUAUUAAAAGAAAAAAUAAAUAAAAUACAAUACAAAAACCACCUUGUACGGUAAGCCUCCUAUCUCGAAAAUAAGUAUUGUACACAGUCUCACAAGGCUGGUAUCAAAAUAAAAAGGAGCUUUAUCCCUUUAAGGGGAUCAGUAACAUUAAAGGAACUUUUCCAAACCAUAACCAUUACUGUGUUAUUAAGUCAGGAGUGCCCUGGCACCCCCCAAUGUUAUAAGUAAAAACAUUUGCUAACAGUUUGACAGCGCCGAAAUCCAGUCAUCUCCUCCAUGAGAGCCAGAAACUCUCUGCAUUGAGCUGGUGCUGCCCAGCAAAACUUAGUUCAGGGAGCUAACAGAAGCUCUCAGCAUGGGUUUCUGGGUCUCUCCAUGGAGGAAGAAACUGGCAUCUAACAGGCCCUAGGUAAGUUGUCAAAACAUUUAACUGCUUACAUUGGAGGUGCCGGUUCAUGGUCUGUUAUAUAUAUUGGAAGGCUUGGCCUGUAGUUGUGGGAGGGGCGUAUGGACCUUCAUAAAGGACUCCCCCCUUCCCUACCAUAAACGAUUGGUCCAACGAGCUGCUAGGCGGAACAGACUUUCACUUCUGGGUUUACAGCGUGGGUUCCUGAUCACGGUUUUCACUCCGCCGGACAACCUUCUUCCAGUCCUCAUCUCCCGCUUAGCUGAUCCAUGAAAUGGUCGGUUGCCGUUCCAAACUGGGAGCUCACAGCCAGGAUUACUUCCGGUUUGCGUCACAGCAGCUGGUGGUCGCCGACCGGUACCUCAACGCAGGUACCCCUCCUCUGUCUAUUCUGGCCUCAGUUCGUGCAAAUGAACACGUGGCGGCGGCCAUCUUUGUUCAUUCGAACGAGGUCAGCGGUAUGUGUAGCCAAAUUCAUGGAACUGAAAUCGGCUACACAUUUCAACGAACACCGCUGACCCUUACCUUCUCCUACACUCAGUUUUCAGCUACAGAGACUAAGUCCUGUUCUGCGAUUCGAAUGCACGUUCAAAUGGGACUUAGUCAUUUUUCUGCCUGAAAUAGACCGACCGCAAAGCCCAAAUCUAUGGAACUGUUUUGGGCAGGAAAAUGUGCUUGCGGUCGGUCAUAAAGGACUUCCGUCUAACUUUUUAUCUACUGGAGGGAUUUGUAUGAUUUUUGGCUAUGUUUAUAUUUAAAGUAUGCUGAUUCUGAAUAUGUAAAUUUAUGAGGAUUGUAUGUAUAUUUUUAAAGUUACAGUGUAUGUAUAAAAAUUUUAUUUUUCCUGCCUGUGAUAAUUACUUUAACCCAUUGUGUUCAGUAAUUAUAUCCCAGGCAGAGGAGAGCAUUUGUGUGUUAUUGAUGGAUGUGUUUUUACUGUAUGUUACGUGUUUAUUGGUUGUUCUGCAAAACCCUGUGGGCGGUCCUGUAUGUGUAAGACCUCCAUAAAAAAAGGCCCUUUGGUGCCAAUUAAACAGAACUACUUGACCCUCUAACUUGCAGCCUCCACUCAUGUUUGUAGGGGACAGCUAUAAUCACUACAGGGAUUGCUAUACUCUUCAUACUCCCUUAGCUACUGAGCUCUUGUAAGAGCUCUUGUUCCUGAUCCUGCUUCGCUCUACAGAAGGAAGAGGUUCACCUAAGGGAACCUGGAGCCUGGUCGUAGGUCCAGGGUGGAUUGCAGACGGCGAGAUCCCAGCCCAGCAGCGGCGGUUCUUAUAGUGCUUAUAGUGUCUACGGUGCUGAUGGUCCUUUGGUGAGCGCUAGGAGCAUCCUUUCUACGGUCCAACUUCCAGCCAGCCUGGAGGCAACUGUAACAUAUGCUGACUGUUAUUUACAUCAAUUAUUUAGGUAAAUGAGAAAAAUAUAAUUUGCAUAAUAAUUUGGAGCAGGGUGUAUGUAUAAUAUUGCAUUAAAAAAGAAUGAGCCGAGCAGACACACUUCAUGAGAGCUCCUGGCAAUCAACGCUAUUUUCACCCUAUUUGGGACACAAAAUCCCUCCAUACCUGCUCCAGCGGUGCCUCCUGAUACUCGGGCAUCGUGAUGGGACGGAAAAACAAAAAAAAUUAAAGCCUUACAAGCCACUUCUGGGCCUGCACAUCAGCGACCUCCUGCACCAGGCUAGCAGCAUGGUUAGGCCCAAGAUGGCCGACUACCCAGAGAACUUCUUUGGAGGUGUCUGACGUGGUUUACUGACCACUAUGAUGUAAGAAGCCUAGCCACUACACCCUUCAACCUCAACACAUCCUCCCGCCUUAUAUGUCGGUUACACAAGUAGUUUCCACAUAAACACGCAAAUGUAUAGGCAGCUAAUAUUGGUGAAAGGAUGUUUUUUUCUACCAAAAUGUACAAUAUGAAUACGGUAGACCUACAUGUGACCUAGCCACUUAAAACUGUGUGCAGUAAUUUUCUAAGCCCUGUACUUGUUAAAAUGUGUAUAUUGCCAUCCUUGCUAUUGCUGUUGAGGCAUUGCAAGAAAGUCUGUUAAUUCUUUGCACCACAAAAAUAAAGAAUUUAAACAAAAAAUGAAUGGGCCAGUUACAACUUGUAGUGUAUAUUUUCAUUUACAAGUUUAACCAUAAAAAAACAGGCUUUAUCUUAUUACUCAAAGUGAUCUCUGAGAAAGGUUAGCUCAUAUACUUUAACAUUAUUAACCUGUACUCCGCAAGGAGGGAUAACAAGCGGCUACACUAAGAUAAGAAAUCAAAAUAUAUGUUUACUUUUUCAUUUUCCUAAGAAUGCCUGACAUGUUUGUGAUUAAUAUUAAGUGAUAGCUUUCAUUUUAUAGAUUCACAUAUUGUAUUGGGAUGAAUUUAAUUUUGCCUAAAGGAAUAAUUGAUUAUUGGUGUCUGUGAAAUAAUGAAAAUCCUGUAAAGGAAGACUUGAUGUAUUUGACAAUGGUUGUGCUCUUACUUGGCUAGAACAGUACGUCUUACAGCUAGGUGUCCUUUAGAGAGCUGAAGACUUCAAUAAAUCAAUGAAAAGGCCUUACUAUUGGGAGAUAAAGCUUUCUAGAUUUUUUUUUUUACCGUAUUUUGGAUUCAUAGAAUACAUUUCUUUCUAGUCCAAUUUCUGAAAAUCUUACAUCUACCGAGUACUUACUCAUCUUCUGAAUCUCACAGCAUUCUUCCUGGAGUGUUUGCUUUACUUACACAAUGCUCUCUCUUGAGGUAAUGCUAUGUUCUUUUUCCAGAUCUUGUUCCUUUAUCCUCCAGGACACUCACUUCUGAGCUCUUGCGCAUGCUCAACAGUGCAACACUGAGUUCUAUGGACAAGAUCUUGGGCUGCUCCAAAGAUCAAUUUGCUAGCAACAGUUGUGGGAAUUGACAAAAUUUGAUGGUGGAAGCUCCUUUUGUUAAGUUAGACUUUGCCCAUAAAACAAUGUAGUCCUUACUUUGUCUUUUGAUACCUUACAAUGACAUUCUAAUUUAGUGAACAUGUGCAUUUCAUGUUGAAAUGCUCCUAAAGAUGUUACAUAGCCUCUUUACGUUUGUUAUCCAAUCUUGGUGAGUUUAAAAAAACAAACCUUAAAAAUGGCACAGAAGUCCUCUUAAAGGGAUACUGUAGUGCCAGGAAUGCAAAGCUAUAUUCCUGGCACUACCAAUCCCUCGCCCCCCCUCACCUUCCUUGUCUCCCCCCCCCCAGUUAAUAAAGGGUUAAAAAUCCUUUAUUUACUUACCUUAUCCCAAUGCCGAUGUCCCUCGGUGCUGCAUUGGAUCUCCACCACCUCCUCUAUCCUGCGACGAGCGGGUCUAAUGCACAUGCGCGGCAAAUCUGAUGCUGGAGGUCCUCAUGCAGAGCGUGAAGACUUCCAGCGUCAGAUUACGGACCAAAAGUCUGUUACAAUUCCGGAAGCGCCUGCAGUAGCUGUGUGGUAGACAACCACUGAGGGCAGACUUAGAGCUGCAAUGUAAACAUUGCAGUUUUUCUGGAACUGCAAUGUUUGACAUUCCAGCACUAGGUGCAAAAGGGUCACAGCACCCAGACCACCUCGGCGAGCUGAAGUGGUCUGGGUGCCUACAGUGUCCCUUUAAUAAAUUUUGUCCAAAUGAAAGGCUCUGUGACUUCAUCCUCAGUCAUUCUCAAUACAUCAUGACUCAUAGGAUUGCUUAUCAUAGAAAACCAGACAUAUAUAAUUUUUUUAUUUUUUUUGUCAAUCAUUUUUUAUUGAGGUGACUGCAUUUUACAACGGUAAACAGUGCCAGUAUGCAGUCAGCAUAUUAUUUGCGAGUUAUACACAUUAAAUAUCAUAGUCUGGUAGAUAAAAACAUCUUGUUUUGUAAAAAUAAGUAUAAGAGAAUCAGUGAUUAACUGUAAUACGUUGCUUGAGUAUCAAUAGACAUUUAAUUUUUAUAAACCGUCAGCAUACUGGGCACUGAAAGCUGUAGCUGUAUGCUACCAUUAACGACAAUAGAAAGGUUCAGGCAAAAGAUCUCUUAAUGUCAGCCAAAACCCAGACUCGGGAAGGUGAUGCAACAACAUUUUAUACAGUGCUGAACUCGGCAGAUGCCAGUUCAAUAGACACCAGAAUGCUCCCCUCCCCUGGUUCCCCAGCCCUAGGUGAUAACCAGAACCACCAUACUGUGUCCACUGACACCGCUCACUGGGGCCCCAGGCAAAGUCCCAAGAGCAGAGUACUUCUCCAGGUGGUGAACGUCGGAUAGGGAGAGUACCCCUUUUGGCUCCCCGCCCAGGAUGGAAAUGAAGGACUACUGGAAGCCAGCUCCUCAAGUCUGUGUCAAAAAUGAGUACUAAUGUCAUCAUAUGUAAAGAGAAGGCCUCUUCCUGCCUCCAUUGUGUCUCCUCUGCUGAUAGCUUUGGUGUAGCAUGAUUAGCAGCCAUCUUGGAUUGCUCAGGGUAGAGCAUGGCUUCAGCCAGCCAAGUGCACAAUGAUGGUGGUAACAGUAAAUAUCUGUGCUAGUGGGGACCAGGAUAAACCCCCUCCAGUCCAAAGCGGGAGGCCAGGUAAACCCUGUCUGGAAGGUCGAUCUCCGCUCCUUUCCAAGGUCUACGCUAGGCCUCAAAUCUGAGAAUAUGGGACUCUUUCUUUUCAGCCAAAAGCGAAUAAUGACCUUAUAAGAUGCCCAGGUAGUUCUACCCUCCUUACAGUGUCGAUAUGAGUCGCUUAAAGAGCUAAUUAAGCAAUUAAGUCCCAAUUAACUGAGGUAUAGUGAGGCGCUCACACUGUUUGCGUCCAUCUAACAUAGAGGUCAGACCCCACCCCGACAUAAUUUUAUACACUACUAAUAUAGACAUACUCUUAUAUAAACGGCAUAAGUAAUAGCUUAGUGACCUUGUUGCUUUUAAAGUUAUAAUACUAUGUUAAAAUGUAAACUUUGGCCAAUGCAGACAAUUGUGAUGGAUAUAGAGUUGGUAGGUUAACUUGAAUUUGUCACUAAUUCCCUUUAAAUUCAAGGUUAACAUUGGUUGAAUUCAGCUUAUCUGUGUCAUUGCUGCGUUCAAAUCUGUCUGUCUCUUCUCGAUUUGAAUCAACACCUUCAUCUUUAAUAAGCAGUGAGCUUUUUGUAGUGUUUUAUUCUGCCUUUCCUCCUCUGUCCUAACAAAGCAGCAGGUUCACAAACAUUAAAAGGCUGAUCUUCUAAAGGCUCACACUUUGGGCUGAUCUUGAUACCGCUGGAAGCAAGAAAGCACAAGUUUCAGAAACCUGCCAGUUAAUGAGAGAUGCACAGCAGAGGUACUACGGGGCUUUAAACACCUUAAAUAAAUAGAAAAUGCAAUGGCAGAGAUUGAAAAGAUGACAUUGAGGCUCAUUGCAUAGAAUACAGGUAUAAUGUUAUCCAUAAGUAUUUGGACAGCAACACUAAAAGUUUUGGCUCUGUACGUCAGCACUGCAAAUGUGAUUGAGUGCAGAUUGUCACCUUUAAUUUAUUUCUAUUUAUAUUAUACACCUUGGCAAUCAGAAUAGACGAAUAUUAUGUAUACUAAACUUAAAAUUAUAUCUUGCAUCCUCCUUUCAUAAAAAUACUGCAGAAUAAUUUUCAGGCUGUACUUCUACCCAGCGUGAUAAGAGCUACACUUGAUGGUAGUUAAAAAUACCUUCUAAGUUUAGUCGGUAUGAUUGAAAUUGAGAAGGAUGUGGGUUGAUCCUGAUUGGGAUGCGAGUGGUACAAGUUAGGUCAUUGCUAAGGUGGUCUUCCCACUACGCUUGGUCCAGGAUUAACGGGAAUUCCUAUUAUCACUCCAACCUGGGCUGUAAGUGUUGUAAUAAAUUCACCUUAUUGCGUAUCAUUGUUGGUAUGUUUAGCAUCUCUUUUAAUGCAGAGGAAAUUAGUGUUGAGUGUCUGCGUGUGCUACAAUAGCUUUCCUGGUUGUCUACAUAUUCCUUACAUAGCUGUAUCUCUCUCGAUAUCACUAAGUUAUGCCUAUCCAUCACUUCCAAUUAAUUGUACCCAGUUUCCCCCUUCUUUUGAUUUUGGAUAAUUGCAUAGAAUAAAGGAAAUUGUAGUUUGCCAAUACCGGAUGCGCAAUUUGCUGUUCACUCUUAAAAUAGGACAUCUCAAUGAAGUGGUCUGUAUGCAGUUACAAUGUCCCCUUAAUCCUGUCCUGAAAAUUCCCAUGGCGAUUCAAUGAUUCAAUGUUUUCCUAUGGGGAAGGCCUAAUGUGUGAUUGACAUCAUGGGAGGAGAAGCCCAAUCCAGCACCAAGGGACCUGGACACUGGAAUCAAGUAAGUGAUAGAAACUGGGUUUUAACCCUUUUCUUGACCGAGGGAGAAGGGCCACACAAGGGACUCUGUAGUGUUAGGAAUACAGUUUGGUAUUCUAAACACUAUAGUGUUAUUGUACUGUAAAAUGGAACGCAAUCUUCUAUCAGUAUGAAACCUAUAAUGUAAGAUGAUGAUCCACAUGGAUUUCCUCUCAAUUUCACCUUUCCCCUAUCUGUGUAAGGGUAUAUUUAAUAGAUUAAUAGAUUAUCCUUGGUUCAGGGUGAGAAGUAUAUAAGUUACUUUAAAUUAAAUUCUCAUUGGAAAAUUUCCGUUUAGUCAACCAAUUGAGACACACACUUGAAUGCAUUAGAAAACCUAUUUGGUUUUCUGCAUAUCAUUUGGAGAUUUGUCCUGAAAACUUCUGAACAGGACCUCCUGUGUUUACUAUCAUUAUCAAUGCUUAGGAAAUAAAUUGAUCCCUUAGUAUUUUAUUUACCAUAUAUAUUUUUUUAAUCUUUACGAUCUAUUUAUCAUCUUUAUCAUUUUCGUCAAAUAUUUUUGAUAUAUCAUACAAUCUGUUUUAAUUUGUCUUAAUAUUAAAAGUUACAUUUUAAUUUGAGGGCACUCACUUGUUCUCUUUCUUUAUCUUCACUACUGUUAUAGUUUACAAAGGGUUAUCCCCUUCUAAGAGUGUAUCCCUUUUGCUUCCUAUUUCCUCUGUUUCUUAUAGUUUACUUCUCGUAGGGUUUCAGUACCCAUUUCAUGGAAGCCUUAUAAGAAAAGUUACCAAACUAUUAGAAUGACGUCAUAUUUAAGUAACGUUAUCAAUCCUGAUCCAAGCAUCACGGACAUUAAUAAUGUAUUUUCCCUAGAACCCUUAACUAGACUAAAUCCUAAUGAUAUUAAUGAAAGUUUCUUUGAGAUACAAAAUAUGUAUAAAAAACAAAUUAAGGGACAUUGGGAAAUUAUAAGUCUACGCAAAUAUGUUGAGUCCCUAGAGGACUCAGAUCCGACAUCCCAAGACCAGAGAAAGUAAAAACCGAUAUACAAAUUAGUAAAUGGAACAAGUUACUAAUAGAUAGCUCAAUAAAACUUAUGGAAUUUCUUAUUAAAUUAGAAGAGUCACAUUUGGAAGGGGUCAACCAGAACCUUGAAACCGAAAUCAGUAAAAUUAAAGCCUUUCAAACACAUCCUGAAUUCAAAUUAAUGGAAACAAAACUAAACAACAAUUUGGAAAUUUUUAAGAAACACAUUAGGGAAAAAAAACAUCACAAGUACCAAAGAGAUUACAAAGACUUCAAAGAAGGCAUGGUCUUUAGACAAAGAAAUAAAAAUAGGAAAAAAUAUAACAGUCGGCAGAACUCUACCACAUCCGGAGAAACGGAUUGGUCUGGUUCUGAUUUUAGUCCUCCAAGGAGAACCAUUAAUACUCCAAUUAACAUCCAACAAAGAAGAAAAAGCAUUCUAAAACCAGUGGAUAAAAAUGUGUCCUUUCCAGACACACAAUUUGGUAAUUCUUCUAAUACCACUACAAAUUCACUGACCUCUGAUGUUUCCUCAUCUUUAGGAGCAUCUUUUUUAGAUCAGGAGUGGCCUCAACCCCAGAGAGGCAAACUCCGAGACAGAAAAAGAUGGGGGUACAAAAUAAACAAGGAAGGUCACAAGAAUUAACGAAAUAUGACACUAUAGAGGACAAUUUCAUCAUUAAUUUAUCCACCUUUAAUUUGGAAAAUAAACAUAUAUCCCUGCUUAGAAAGGAUUUGAAUUUUGUCCCUUCUCCUACCAUAAAUAAAUUUGAGUGGGUCAAGGAUACUAAUCUCUUUGGACGAAAACUUGCCCUCAAUAUUAUUCAUAAGAGAAGAGAUAACAAACUUGCUAAGAAUUGGGGUUAAGCUAUGAGGACUACCAAUAUCUUCAGACUAUGGUAUCCCUUCUUGAUGAACAAGAUACUAAACAACCUCUCACGAAUUGCAAACCAUCAAGCUGGUAUACGCCAAAUUUUAAAGAAGUAUCCAGUGUAGACCUAUUUGUUCAGAUGACUACGAAGGCCCUUGAGUCAUUGCCCUCUUUUGAUAAACAUCCGGACAAUUUAACCAGAGCCGAACGUGAGGCACUCAGAGAUCUGAGCAAUAAUAAAGAUCUGAUUAUCAAACCAUCGGAUAAAGGAGGAAACAUAGUCUUCAUGGACCAACAAAACUAUGUUAGCAUGUGCAUGGAACAUUUGAAAGACACUAACCAGUAUCAAGUUCUUUCAGGAGAUCCAACCAAAACAUUUCUUUUAGAACUAAAGGGGCUACUAAUUCAGGCAUUGGAAAAACAUAUCAUUAGUCAAGAAGAGUAUAAAUUUAUGAUUCCUAACAACUGUCCUAUGAUUUCGACCUUUUAUUGCCUUCCCAAAAUUCACAAGUCUCGUAAUAAUCCACCUGGGAGACCUAUCAUCUCUGGCAAUAACUCUCUGACUGAAAAAGUCAGUAAAUUUCUUGAGAAAAUACUCCACCCAUUUGUCACCAAUUUGGAGUCAUAUGUCCAGGACACUUAGUAGUACCGCCAUAUACCCUACUUGCAAGUCUGGAUGUGGUCUCUCUAUACAACAACAUCCCUCAUGACAAAGGUUUAUGUGCAACAUCCUAUUUCCUCCACAAAUCUUCCAAAUACAAUUUGGAACAAAUGGAAACCAUUUUAUUUCUCCUUGAAUUCGUUGUGACUCAUAACUACUUUGUGUUUGACGGAACAUAUUAUUUACAACUAUGCGGCACAGCUAUGGGUACGGCUUGUGCCCCUAGCUAUGCCAACCUAUACUUGGGUUGGUGGGAAGCAACCAUCCUAAAAGAAGUAACAUCCGAACACUAUGACCAAUACAUUCACAAGUGGCUAAGAUACAUUGACGAUAUCCUAAUAUUUUGGACCAGUUCUUGCCCCAAGUUCAUAGACAUGGUGAAUGAACUAAAUGUGAAUAAUAUUGGUCUCAAACUUACACACGUGAUUCACGAAACCCAAUUGGAAUUCCUAGAUUUAAGAAUUUUAUUAAAUACUGAUGGAACUGUGGACACUGAACUAUUCAGGAAAAGUACGGCUUCCAAUAGCCUUCUGCACAGGCAAAGUUUCCAUCCCUAUCGUCUCAAAGCAGGCAUACCAUACGGCCAGUAUCUGAGAGCUCGAAGGAACUGCUCAAAUGAUGAGUCCUUCCAAGCUGAAGCUAAAAGACUCAAAAUCCGAUUCAAAAAUAAAGGCUAUCCUAAUCGCAUUCUAAAGAAAGCAUAUCAGAAAACCAUAGCCCAAGACAGAAGUCUGAGUCUUCAAUCCACCAGACCUAUGCCUACUAACCAGCUAACAAGAUGUAUAGGUACUUUUGACCAAAAAUGGCAACCCAUUAAACAAAUUUUCACACAACAUUGGCCGAUUCUGGAGUAUGACAAGGACCUGGAUCCUAAACAUAUUGCAUACCCUAACAUCACAGCACGAAGGUCUAAAAACCUUCGGGACAUGCUAGUUCAUAGCCACUUGGAAAGUAAACCAUCACCAAGUAGUUGGCUAAGUGCCCCAAUUGGCAUCCACAAGUGUGGACAUUGCUUUGUAAAAAUUUCCAAAACAGUCAAAUGCCAGAAAACUCAAAAAGAGUACCGAGUUAAACAUUUUAUUAAUUGCAGUACGACACGAAUUAUUUACGUCAUUACUUGCCAAUGUGGCAUUCAAUACAUUGGCAAAACCUAUCAGGAGUUUAGGAGACGGAUUCUCCAACAUAUUAAUUCGGUCAAAAAUCUUAAUUUAAGUACACCUGUUGCAAAUCAUGUUCGGAAUUUCCAUGAUGGCAAUUCAACCAAUUUAUCAUUCCAAGCCCUAGAAAGGGUUACUUUGAAUUCGAGAAAAGGCAACUUUAAUUUAAUUUUACUACAAAAGGAAUCAAGAUGGAUAUAUGAAUUUCAAACUCUAACGCCAGGGGGCCUCAAUUAGGAAUUUAACUUUACUCCAUUUAUUCAUUAAAAUCAUGACAUAUAAUUAAGUUUGUUACCAUAGCCUAAUUAAAUGGCUUUUAUUAUUUUCUCCAAAUAUUUUUCCUAUAUUCAAUGUUAAGUUUGGUGGAUAUUUCCCCUCAUUUUUCCAUCGGGUGAUAUAUCCAUUACCAAUAUUUUUAGGACACUUUUUACCAUAAUUCCUCUCAAUGACGCUAUUAUUAUAUUUACAUUUUUUUCUCUUUACACUUUCCUAGACUGUUAUAAUCUUUAACUGCUAAUGCCCUACAGGAUCAGCCUAGGCAUAAUAAUCUUGCUGCUCCUCCAUCUAGCAAAUCAACUUAGGUUCACUAGCUGUCACCUACAUCUUCUAACAUAUGACGUUACCCAUGACUGGGUACUGUCUCUCUAUAGCAACAUAUCACAUUACAACCUGUAUUGAGCGGUGAGAAACAUUGCAAUACAGAUACAAUUGUUGCCACUUUUUAGAACGAUAUACAUCCUGUACAAUUCUUUCAUUAUUAUGUCGGUCUUGCAACAUUAUUAUCUUUUAAAUCAUUGGGAAUAGCAAUUUUUCCCUGUCUUUCUGUUUUGUUUGUUGAAUUACACUAUCCUCUGAUUAGAAAGCACACAUUGGGUUCAAAUACCAAACUUUUCAAUAGUGUCCUUCUGCAAAUCGGGCUAUGCAUUAUGUCCGUUUUAUUGCUUUCAUCAACACACUAUCACGUCCCCGUAAAUGUGUGUGGCGUGUGUUAAUUACCAUUAUUAAUAUUGGUAUAUAUCCUUGUGAAUUCAAAAUCAUGUUUCAAGUUAUUGACUUUACACAUUAUCACGUCCCCAGUAAAAGUGGGUGGCGUUCACUAAUUGCCAUCAUUAAUAUUGGAAUAUAUCUAUUUAGAAUCAUGAUUUAAGGUACCGGUAUCAAUCGGGUACCAACAUUAAGUUCUUCUUACAAUGAGUAAUCUCUUUACAUAUUUCAUGAUUCUAGUUACAUUAUGAAAUAUCUUGACAGUGGCAAUUAACUUGUCAUUCCCUCUGGACCUCACUCCCUCUGCGAGAUGGUUCUUAAGGGGUUAAAAUUUAUACACCUUAGUAGUUAUGACCCAUUUGCGGUUUUCAGUGACGUUACUUACCGGCUCUGUUCUUAUUGGUUAACUAUGUAUGACAAUUUUUGAAUUAGACCAAUCAAAUGUACACACUCACCUUUUUAUAUCGUUUUUUUCCCGCACAUCGUUUCCCUUCUAAUGAGCUGUGGGCGAAACGCGCGCGUCAGGGGAAAGGGCUCUUUCGAUAUACACUUACCACAGUAUUGUUGUCUGCUCAGACGGGCAUCAGACUUUAUAUACUUUAUACUUCGAUAUUCAGCCCUACUCCAGCUAUACAAGUGGGGGGUCUAUAGAGCAUAUGCUCUUGAUAUAUUUUUGCAGUAAUCUCUACUCCCACUGUAUGAGUUGGUUAGUUAGUGAAGAAUAAUUUUUCUUAUAUCACCAAAUCUUGUCUAGUGCAUGUUUUGGAUCCAACAAGCACUAUGUAUGUAGUAAUUUUUAUUUAAUACUUUAUGGACUGUUUAUUUCCGUUUAGUCAACCAAUUGAGACACACACUUGAAUGCAUUAGAAAACCUAUUUGGUUUUCUGCAUAUCAUUUGGAGAUUUGUCCUGAAAACUUCUGAACAGGACCUCCUGUGUUUACUAUCGUUAUCAAUGCUUAGGAAAUAAAUUGAUCCCUUAGUAUUUUAUUUACCAUAUAUAUUUUUUUGAUCUUUGCGAUCUAUUUAUCAUCUUUAUCAUUUUCGUCAAAUAUUUUUGAUAUAUCAUACAAUCUGUUUUAAUUUGUCUUAAUAUUAAAAGUUACAUUUUAAUUUGAGGGCACUCACUUGCUCUCUUUCUUUAUCUUCACUACUGUUGUAGUUUACAAAGGGUUAACCCCUUCUAAGAGUGUAUCCCUUUUGCUUCCUAUUUCCUCUGUUUCUUAUUGGAAAAUAGUAAUUACUAUAAAUCAUUGAUUGUGGACUGACAUAUUGCACAUCCGUAAUUGGUAUAAUUAAACUGUACAUGGAAAAUGACAUGUUUGAAAUGUGUUCCUGCACAGAAUUAAACAAAUCACUAAUGUGUUUUUCAAAAAUAUUUUCUGUGUUCUCUUCAAUUUUCAUAUGUGUAUUAUAUAUGAUGCCUGUUAUGUAUAUAUUACAUAUUACAUCUUUGCGAGCCAUGAUCGUAAAUAUCAAAGGUUUUAACUAGACUUCAUAUACACUACUUUUUAAAGGGUUGUCCUGAAUGUGCCCAUGAGACUAAUAUGAGACAAAUAAAACAAUUGGAAUCCAUACACAAAGCAAAUAUUAAAAUAAGUUUGCAUGGCUCAUAACGCUUUGCGUAUUAUUCACUAAACAGUGAGUUCUUGUGCAUCGACUCUGACUUGCUUUAUGAAUUCCAUAUAACAGAACCUGAACUGUAUAUUUGUGUUUUCCACCGUGGAUAUCGUGGCCUGGGUUUGGAAUUGGGAUUGUCCGCUAGCCAUAAUUCAUUUUGCAGUGACCGACACCAAAUUGUAAGUUAAUAAAAUAAAAAGUAUGAACCGAAAGUGAACUUAUUUCUUGCAUUACAUAAGUAUAAACUAUAUAAAAUAGGGGGAGAACGGAACCUGACCGCCACUCUGACUAGUUGCACUGCAGAGAAGCUCCUGAGCCAUUUCAGCUCAAUAUUGCCACUAAGCUACUUACCUACCUUGCAUUGCUAGGCUGUGGGUAAACAUUCUGUAGUGUGAUGAUACACUAUCUGCCUCAGAUACUUGGGAUCUUGAACCCUUAGUGGACUGGGCCCUUACUACCGAGGCCUUCCUAGACAGGUGGGUUUAGAUAGUUUCUUCCCUACCUCUCUUCUGUCUGCAGCUAACCAACUCUUCACUAUCAACUAUACUAGCCCUUGUUCCUCCCCUGUUUGGACCUGUUUCAUUCAGCUGACCCCUUCAGCAUGCCAGCAUACAAGAUGGCUGCCAAGGUCUUGUCAGUUUCCCUGCAGACACUGAAAACGCCUGAAAUGAUGACUGCAACUCUCAGUGCCUUCAGCACCCAGUGUAAACUGUUUUGGGCUCAAUUAGGUCUGCCGUCCAGGACUGAGAUAUCUCCUUAUCCUCCCACACACACACAUCAAUUACAGGGCCUGUUAUGGGGUCUCCUCGAGUAGUCUCUUGCUGUAUUGCUGACUCAGACCUUUAAGAAGGCACUGGAGAACAGACAGGCAUGUGGUUAACCAGGAAGAAAAGGUUCAAAUCAAGAUCUUUAAUUCUCUUACAAAAAGAAAAGUCCUGCGUUCACUCCCAUCACUCCUGGACGGCAGCAACGACAACGAAUACAUAUAGUAAAAACCAAAGAAAAGAAAAAGUUACCUGUGCUCUCUCCUUAAUCCCUAUGUAUAUUUAGACAAAUGGAGGUCAUUUAAUUGCUCCAAUGGCCAUUGGAGGGAAUGCCCACCUGCCAACGUCAAGGCAAACCCCCCCUAGACAGGUCCUACUCUGACCCUUUACAUUGCUUCCUUAAGCUUCUGGCACAAAUAUCUCUGAGACAAAAAGGGGUAUUUUUUAUAUACACCCCUAUAUACUUGUUAACCCUUAAUAGGGAACACAUGGGAUGGGCGGCAUCAUUGUAACAAGGCUGUGUGAUACAAAAAGUGAAUACAAAUACAAAAAGAAAAGUCCUGCGCUCACUCCCAUCACUCCUGGGCGACAGCAAUGACUACAGUACACAUCAGCUAAUACAUAUAGUAAAAAAAAAAGAAAAAAAAAAAAGUUACCUGCGCGCUCUCCUUAAUCCCUAUGUAUAUUUAAACAAAUGGAGGUCAUUUAGUUACUCCAAUGGCCAUUAGAAGGAAUACACACCUGCCACAUCAAGGCAAGACCCCCUUAGGUUGGUCAAAUUCCCACUACUUUUGGGUAGCAGCAACGACCAUAGUACACAUCAGCCCAAUACACACACUAAAAAUCAAAGAAAAAAAGUUACCUGUGCUCUUUCCUAAAUCCCUAUGUAAAAAUUUGUUUAAAUAUGAAUAGGGAUUUGGGAAAGAGCGCAGGUAACUUUUUUCUUUAUUUUUUACGGUAUGUAUUGGGGCUGAUGUGUACUAUGGCCGUUUCUGCCGCCCAAGAGUAGUGUGAUUUGUUUAAAUAUACAUAGGGAUUUGGGAAAGAGCACAGGUAAUGAUUAAUAAGUAUGUAGGGGUGUAUAUAAAAAAUACCCCUCUCUGUCUCAUUAGAGAUAUCUUUGCCAGAAUCUCAAGGAAGCAAGGUGAAUGGUAGCCACCUAAGAGCUUUGCCUUGACGUGGCAGGUGGGCAUUCCUUCUAAUGGCCAUUGGAGUAACUAAAUAAGCUUCAUUUGUUUAAAUAUACAUAGGGAUUUGGGAAAGAGCACAGGUAACUUUUUUUUUUUCUCUGUACUGGAACAGGUUAUAAAUAAAAAGUUUUUUUUUCCAAAAAUACCGUGUUUACUCGAAUCUAAUGCUCGCCUUUUUUGGAAAAUAAAGUUUCCAAAAUUUGAAUGCCCAUUAGAUUCGAUGGCGCAUUACAUUUGGGGCAAAAUUCGACAUUUUCCAGCAAGUUGCAUUCUGGUGAAUUCAAACACACAUAUUCAAACGCACGAUUUAAAACUGGUGAAUUCAAACAGGCGAAUUUCAUUCUGGCGAAUUCCCACAGGCAAAUUUUGUUCCUGAAAGAGAGUUUAAGACAGAAUAGACUGAACAUAUAACAGUAAAAUUUAAAUACUAUCAAUGUUACUAUGGUAUAUGGCAAUAAACAUUUUCAUAGUAUCUUAUAGUAUAAAUGCGUAUUACAUUCGCCAGCAAAAACAUUUUCAGCUUCCAGGUUUCAAAAAUUGAGGUGCGCAUAAGAUUCAAUGGUUUAUUAGAUUCAAGUAAAUACUGUGUGUAUGUGAAUAAUAAAUAUGGCCCUGGCAACAUAAACACAAAUGAGCAUACAGAAAAUGUACUGCUCGGAGUGAUUAUGAUUGCACUUCAAACAAGCUUAUUUGAUAAAAAUGAACCAGACUUCAGAUUGCAUGCAUCAUAGUAUACCAUGCCAGAAUAGCAUACAACAAGCAUAUUACUAAAAUUGGUUACAUAGUUGGUACCCACUAGGAAAAUUGCAAUAAUUACUAAUAAGGAACACACACUAAAUUUAAAUUCUAGAGGUGGUAGAUAAAAUAAAAAUGCACCAAAAGUACAAAAUGAAUGCAGCCUGAAGUGUGAUCUAUUAACGAUAGUUCAGGACUGUAUGUCAUUCCCAAGAUAUGAUCAUCCAUUUGAUAUUGGGAGUAUCAUAUGAGGCAAAAAAUAAUAAUCUGUAUCUGCCGUAUAAAAUCGCAAUUAGACACUCUAAGCUGAUGUUCACACUCUGAAAAGGAAAAAAAAUGUAAUUUGUCAUUUGCCAUUCAUUUAUGACCUCAUUAUAUGCAAAUUAAAUACUAUCUGUAGUAUUAUUUAAAGCAACUGAGUGUCUGUAAGUCCUCUCUUGAUUUGUUUGGGGAAAAACACCAGAAUAAAAAAAUGUCUGUCUCUUGGCUCAGUGCAGACCUGUCGUUAGUACAGGGGCAUUUUUGUCACUUUAAAGAUUUAAAGAUGUUUUACUAAAAUCAGGCAUUUGUAUUUUUUAGCAAUAUUUUAUCUUGUAAUGCUUAUUUUAGAGUUCCCUGUGUUGCGCAAAAUGUGUUAAACUGCAUGGAAGUCUGCAUAAUGUAUCACCCAUGUACAAAUAAAAGACACGUCAUUUCAACAUUAUUCCGAUAGUCAGUACACUUGCGCAAAAAUCUGUUUUGUUAGUAAAAAAAAAUCAAUCCGCAUAUGGGUAAAACAAAUGUUUCCACAUUUUUAGUAUUUAGUGUGCUGCAAUAUCUAAUGUGAAAACCAUCUCUCUUUGUAGUCCUGUGAUGUGACCAGGAAUACUUCCAACUGAUAGACUUUUGUCCAGUAUGUAUUGAGUCUUGCAGGCUCCUGUGUAGUGUGGCAGAGGAAGGCAUUAUUUUCAGUCUCUCUGCACAGUAACGGUUAAUAUCAGCAUAGGAGUGAAGGGGAGGGUAAUAGAGGUAUAAUAUAAUGGCAUAUUUUAUUGGAGUUUCUACACUCAAAAUACAUCUGGUUCAUAGUAUAGGAAAAAGGUAAGAGUAUAACAGUAAAACAUAUUUAAGACAUUUGCGAGGCAGCAUGAGUGACCAGUAUUAGGUAGCUAUCAUUAACAGAACAUAUAUUAUAUUGUACUGGUAGGCAUUAUAUCUGGGAAGACAUGAAUUUUCAUUUAGUAUUGGUUCAUCUCAGCUUAGGUAGGGUAGGGGGUUAUAGCACAAAACACAGCUGAAAGUAAGGUAGUACAUAUUGAUCAAAUGAAAACAUAUAAAAUUAACAGCUUGAGUAACAUAGAAAGUAUAGGGGUCUUAGUUCCGAGGCCCUCUGUGUUAUGACUUGUGACUAAGCUAUGCACGGUGGCAGUUCAUGAUCCUGACUGUGAUCUAAUAGGGUGAACUGUGAAUCUCCGCGGUGUGCUGGUCCGUAUCUUCUGGGCUUUCACUGGAGCUCCUCAUAAACCCGUCUUCUCUGUUGCUAUGUCAACCACUCCCCAAAUGCCAUUCAUUUUAAGUGCAAGGCCAAAAUGAAAUUGAAUGUACAUGAGGUUAGGAAAGAAAGGGUUAAACUGUGUGAUGUAUGGCUGUAAAAUAAUUUUCAUUUGGCUCUAAUAUAUAUAUUUUGCACAAGCCUCACUCAUCCAGAUACAGGGACAGCAUUUUGUUGCUCAAACACAUCUCUUAGCUUGGAUUCAAAGGUGUGAUUAUUCUCAUGUCUGUGAUGCUAUACAAUCCCGAGUUCAUUAUUUGAAUGCUUGAUAACUGGUUUCAAGCUGAGCCUUUUAAGAUCCUACACAAAGCCGCCAUGCAUUAUGUUAUGUUUGAUUUCCGUUUCUGUGUUUCUACUGUUGAAAUAGAUUUUACUUGAUUUGCAUUGAAAAUAUAAAAAGACAGAUGUAAAAUCAUCAAACAAAUCUGUUUUUGGUUUAAAGUAAUAAAUACUGAUGUAAAAUAUCUAUACCCUGCUCUUUUAGGUAAAAACAAAUAUAGAAGGUAAAAAAGUAAAUGUCUUGUGACAAAUUCCCUAUUGCACUAAUUCUCUUUCCCCAUUCGAGAACUCACAGUGCCAUUUUGCUAACAUUGCUAGUGAUGGAAGACUUGCAGGCGAAUGACUUGAGUGUAUAUAGUUCAAUAUGCCACUACCAAGGCUUGCAGAAGCAGGGCAGAUGUGUGAUGAUCUCAGGACAGUGUUACAUUGUAAAUCCGUGUUCUACCUUAUUGCAACAUAGGGUUACAAGAGAAAAAUGGAGCAGCAAUGCUAGUUAUUGUAUAGCACAUGUGUAAUGUGUUCAGUUACUCUUGGUCUCAGAAUCCUCAGUUAGCUGCCAGGCUGUCUGAUGGGUUUAUAAAAUGUACCUAGCAAGCCAUUGUAAGAUGCAUAGCCAGCGCAGUGGGAGGUGGGACUGAGUCUACAGUGUUACAUCCUGCCUAUUGUAAUCGUAAAGUAAGAUGGUCAAAGAGAUCCAUGGUGUUGCAAGAGCUGGCUCUGACCAUUUCCCCACUAUAACUACUGUACCUGCUUACUCUCUGUAUUAUGCAAACAAGUGUGUCAUGCCUGUAAAUGUAGAAAAAGCUGUGUGCUCAAACAAUAAAGCAGUUCAUUGGAGUUCACUUUUCCAUCAAGAAAAAAUUUCCUGGUAUUUUUCUGUGUUGUAACUAUCUACAGUCUGUUACAGUGCGAUCUCUCAGGACAAUCGCUAGCAGUUUUUAGUUAGAAUAUCCUGUAAUCCCCGAGGCAACUUUACAGUGUAUCCUGCUUUUCCGGGGGAUUAGUGACUUAAGUACCUAGCUCUCAGGGUAGAAGUUCGGCUGGCGAGCUAGCGGAAGUUCCCGCAUAUGAUGCAGGGUCCGAACUUUUACGUCUUCGGUAACAGAGACGCCAGGACCGUAUAGCUUCCAACUGAAUUGCCAGCUAGGAGAGACGCUGCGUUUGCUAGUGGGAAAAGUACAGGCUAAUGCAAAGAAUCCCAUGGGCAAUACUAGUCCUCAACUGGUCCACCUUCAGGACCAGAGACACCAGGGCCAUGUCUUCACAGGCUUUGAUGGGAAAAACAAAAUCAAUACAGACCAGCCAAGUUUGAAAGAUCUGAAACAAGAAAAGUAGGAAGCUGGGUGCGCUAUUGACACGUCAUCUUUCACUUCUCUUGGGCGAUGUCAUCCUUGUCAGUAUGACAGUCUAUUCUUCAUGGUGACCAUAUAAGGCUGCCAAUACACCCGUUUUAUUAUUUUAUUAUUUCUCAUUCACACAUUCAGUUGUGAUGCUGAAAGUUCUGCUAUGGGCUGAAAUGCCCGGUAUUUCACGAACUUAUGAACUUGUUCAAAUAUGUACAACAAUUCACCCGGUAAUAAUAAUAAUAAUGUGCGAGCACUAUGCUACCAGUUACCCUGGUGUCCCCAAUCCUGGAAUAACUUGGUUGGGAUGGUUGGACAGGACCCCGAAAUCAGGACUGUUCCUCCAUUAUUGGAGACUGUUGAUGGUGGGGACCUGCUUUUUUAAUUUGGAACAAGAAACAAAAUAAAGAAUGGAGUGUGCAAAGAAUCGUAAAAUAAGAAGAAAAAUUAAUAAAAAGAGGAGGUAAACACUAUGUGAGGUACACCAAGAAGGUUGGCAAGACAAAUUGAAAUGGUGAUUUAACCCUUAUAAUUAUCUUAGAAAACACAUUUCUUCUGUUAGGAGGACAUAGUGGCACAGUCUGUGGCUGUUAAAUUAUUCAUCAAUUGGUUGUUGUUAAAUUUAAAUACUACUGUUUGCAAUGAAGGCACUGCAUUAUUGAGCCAGCUAGGAGCAAGUACCAUUCGAUGAGAAUUAUUUUGUUGAAACACAUAUUUAGUCCGUGAGAGUGAAAAAGCCCAUGGACCACUUUUGGGUAAGUCAAAUACAUGUAUUCCUCAUCCCAUUAAAUCUCCAACAAAGAUCUCUUGUAUAUUGUCCAUGCACAAUCUCACUGUUUAUCAUCAAUAAUUUUGUAUAUUUAUUCCUGUAGCGCAACCUAUAUGGAAACCUUAGAAUCUGCCAUCAGAUGUCCUCUUGCACAUCUCCCUAGUGAAGUUUCCACUAGUGCAUAUACAUCAAUGGGAGGUGCAGCCGAUAAGGGUGUAGGUAGUGGUAAUGAAUCCCUAUUUAAAAAGUGCUUUGAGUACCCUGGCUCUCAAAGCAGGUGAUCUCUGGUUGGUUAGCAAAGCCUCUAACCUGUGAAAUAAUUACUUUAUGACUUAUUGUAGUAGUUCUAGUACAAGGGAUCUUUAGGUGUACCAUGCUGUGUUGUUUACCAAAAGCAAUUUAUCAAGCACUCAGCAUCGCCUAACACCAAAGCUUGGGUCUCUGUAGUCUAUCGGAUAUUGUGGUGAUACAUGUCCACAUUAUCCUCCCAAAGCCAUCUAUGCGUAGACAUCAGUGAUAGGCUUCAAGUACUGGGCUCACAGUCUUUGAUUGCUGUACAAGUCUCUGCAUUAUCAUGUCAGCAAGAUUGGAGCUGGGCUGUGGGUGAUGAGAGAGCCUCUGUUUUUGUCAACCUGUUCAAAAGCAAUUAAAUAAAUUAAGUAAAUGCCUUGUGACAAAUUCCCUAUUGCACUAAUUCUCUUUCCCCAUUCGAGAACUCACAGUGCCAUUUUGCUAACAUUGCUAGUGAUGGAAGGCUUGCAGUCGAAUGACUUGAGUGUAUAUAGUUCAAAAUGGGAGAGCCUCUGUUUUUGUCAACCUGUUCAAAAGCAAUUUGAAUAUUAUUUAUAUUUACAGGGUUUGGUUCUGUUCAUUCAAAGCUGGACAGAACUGGCAUAGACUCAAUUCAUUUGUACAAAUAUUCUGAUUUUAACAGAUGUUCCAUCCGAGGUAUUGGAGACGUGCAAAAUCUUCAGCAUUUCCAGCAUUAAAACGGUAUUUUGUAUCUCAAAAGGAAAAACCUGUGCUGACUCUCUUCACUAAGGUAAUUCUAUGAACUCACACAGUAUUCAUUCAUUUUAGAUAGGUUUUUAUAAUUGAUAUAAAGAUCUGAUAAUUCUACAAAACAUAUCUGUUAUAUUAGUUUCAAACAUAUUAUUCAUGUUCACAUGGACAGCAUUAAAGUUUCAAUUCAACAAUUAGAUAUCCAUGUUUUUUGAAUGUAUGGAAUAACACCACUUAUUCACAGGUAUAGAAUUGAUAGGACACAUUACAUCCGAAUAGUCAGAAUAAAUCUCUUUUAUACAAAAUGCAUAUUUUUUCUGUUUUGCUAUAAUUGUAUAUCUGAAUUAUCUACUACAUAUCAUUAUUGUUUUAAAAAAAAAAAAUCUUUAUGUAAUUCUUACAGUUAAUAACUAAUUUGUUGCCUUAAGCACGAAUUUAGAGUCAGAGUUACAAACUAUUCAAGAUAUGCCAACAAAUAAAAGAGUUUGAAAAUGACACUCCAGGCACCAACAUAUUUGGAGUGACAUAUAGGUUCGUUUAUAGUUGGGUGGGUUUUUAGAGUGUUUUAAUGUCUUUAUUUUUUAUUUUUUUAAAUAAUUGUUUUGCCGCAUAAGUUUAAAUCCCUUCCUCCCAACGUGCUGUGUUUCCCUAAAUUGCUCCAAUGAAUACUGCUGUUCAGGGUGUAAAUAAUAAUCAUAACCUGACAAUUGAAUUACAGCUCCCAGAGGCUCCUACAAUGUCUAGUACACAAUCCUGUGUAGGAAUGUCUGAGAUGAGCACUACUCUGCUGACAUUAUUAUUAUUAUUGCCAUUUAUAUUGCGCCAACAGAUUCCGUAGCGCUUUACAAUAUUAUGAGAGGGGGGAUUUAAAGGGACACUAUAGUCACCUGAACAACUUCAGCUUAAUGAGGUUGUUCAGGUGAGAACUAUAGCUCCCUGCAGCCUUUCUCAUGUAAACACUGUAUUUUCUGAGAACUAUACAGUGUUUACAUUGAACUCUAGGAACACCUCCAGUUGCAGUCACUCAGAGUGAACCAGAGGGACUUUGGAGUUGAUGGAGGCAUAAUAUGCCUCCAUCCACUCAGAUCUGCUGUCAGCAGAGCACAUUAGGGCAGAGCACAGUCCUAAUGUGUUUUAUACCCCAGUCUAUAGGAGGCGGAGCUGGGGUAUAAAACACAUUAGGACUGUUAGACUAACUGUCACUUCUUCACUUUUAGCACAAACAAAUAACUAAAAGCUGUGUUAAAAAAUAUAUUCAUUUUCUAUCAUAUUGUAACUAUUUUUCUGGCAAGACUUGGCACAGUAUGUAAAUUAGUUAACUCUAGCAUUGUUUUACACAUGGCAUAUGUGCACAUACAGCACUGCGAGAUGGAGUAUUCAGACUGCGCAACAAUGGAAAUUUUCUGUUGGAUGCCUGAACUGAGCACUCAUGGGUGCACCCAUGGCAUCAUUGGGCAACUAAGCCCCACAAACAUUAAAGUGGAGAGGAAGUACGAUUUAUGUUACUUAGUGCUGGUGCUCUAUUUAUUUAACAUUUACUGAGGUAUGGGAUGAUGACCUGUCACUUCUCUUGAAAUUAUAGUUCCUCUUUAAAAGAAUACUGUAGGCAUCUAAACAACUUUAGCUUAAUGAAGCAGUUUUGAUAUAUAGCAGUCUAACUGCUCAAUUCUAUGCCAUUUAGGAGAUAAAUCACUUUUGUUUAUGUCCAUGCAGCCCCAGUCACACCUCCCCUGUCACUCAUACAACCUGAAUGAAAAACAAAAUGGUUUAAUUUUUUUAAUCAGAUGUUACCCUAUUUAAAGGAUUUGUCAUUUCUUUAAGUUGAACUUUAAUUACACAUUGGAGGCUCCUGGAGGCUCCUGCAAGGUCUAGAAGACUAUUAACAGAGCAGAAGAUACAAAGUUUGAAAUUAAACACACUGUGCAAUAAAGGAAGUUUUAAAAAUUAGGCCUCUCUUUAUGGUUAAAGGGACACUCCCGGCACCCAGACCACUUCUGCCCAUUGGAGUGGUCUGGGUGCCAACUCCCACUACCCUUAACCCUGCAAGUGUAAUUAUUGCAGUUUUCAAAAACUGCAAUAUUACCUUGCAGGGUUAACUCCUCCUCUAGUGGCUGUAUACUAGACAGCCACUAGAGGGCACUUCCGUGUUUAUAGCACAUGGUACAUGUGCUAUUGCGUUGCUGGAUGUCCUCACGGUAUGUGAGGACCUCCAGCGUCGCUGAAAUCCCCAUAAGAAUCCCCAUUUUUCGAUGCUUUCCUAUGGGGAGAUCUAAUGCGCGUGCGCGGCAUUGCCACGAUUGUGCACUAGGUCUCACCCUGCCAGUGGCCGCGCAUGUUCAGUAUGUCUCCCCCUGCCUAUAUGACGUGGGCGGGGGAGUAGCGUGGGGGGACCCUGACCCCAGCGCCGAGGGACAUCGGCGCUGGAUAUAGGUAAGUCACUGAAGGGGUUUUAACCCCUUCAGCAACUUGGGAUGGGGGGUGGGAGGGAGAGGGGACCUGCAGUGCCAGGAAAAUGGUUUGUUUCCUGGUACUGGACAGUACCUUUAAGUGUUUAGCAAGGUUGUAUAAGUAACAUCCAGGGAGGUGUGACUAGGGCUUUAUAAAGGGAUUUAACUCCUAAAUGUCAGAGAAUUGAGCAGCGAGAUUGCAGAGUUAUGAUCUAUACACCAAAAGUGCUUCAUUAAGCUAAAGUUGUUUUGGUGCUUAUAGUAUCCUUUCAAGUGAGAACCAUGACUGGCACAGCUCACUUCAAAAAUUGCAAAGUAAUGGUUUUGCAGCACAUACAGGUACAUACAAUAUUUUUUAUUUGUUUUUGCAUGUCUUUCAUAUUUAUAUAAUCAACACGCUCUAUUUAAUAUUAAAACCUACUUAAAUAAUAUACCGUGCUUCAGAUGAAUUCAGGUGUCAUUUUGCUUCAAUGUAUAACUUACAAAUUGAAUAUGUUUAUUAAUCAGAGAUCUUAAGCGCAGCUUGUUUAGUUUUUAUUCUGAUGCUUUGCUGUAAAUAAUUGAAUACCUGAGUCUCUUCACAAACAUAUCUUUUUACCAUUUUUAUUAAGGUGAAAGCUUAUAGUAAUAAUAUUAGCAUGUAGAAAACAGAAGAGAAGAUUGCUUAUAAAAUUAAACAGGGCCUGUUCAGUUUCAUUUUAGCCCUUGAUACUAUGUAUAAUAGGCAGGGCCAGACUGGGAAAAAAAUUCGGCCUGGGCAUUUUUUAUUUAAAUUCUUUAUUUUAUUGUGCUGAAGGUAACAAAGAUAACAAUACACUUUGCUUCGCCACGACAGCUGAAGAGAGCAUUUCAAUAACAAACAUUUUCAUGGCAAAUCAAAAGAGCACAUUUUUUAUGUUAUAAAGAGAACACGUGAAAAAAAGACAGUAGUUUAUAUCGCAAGACCUUCUAUGAUCGUUAAGUUAUGACAUACGGAGCUACGGCUAAGAAGGUCUUAGACAGAUUAAUAAAAUUGGUAUGUAGUGGUUGGAGACAAACUCCUAGGGAUGCCCCAGGCCGGCGACCAUUAGAGCUUGGUACAGUAAUGCCAUGUUAUACAGGCUUCAGCAGAGGGGGUAGCUUUGAAAGAACAGGCAGCAUGUUGGUUCAAUGCUCUUCCAGGGCAGACAAUGUGUUGAGCUCAGCUGAAGAGCUCUAGCAUGAGAAAAAGGCCCUGUAUUUGUUCUGCAGAGCGCAAGCAAAUUUAAUAACAUGCUUGUGUUGUGUUUACUUGAAACUUGUCUCUGGGGUCUCCAUAAAUGGGAUACUAGGAGACAAAAAUCCAGGAAAGAGUACUGUACAUGUGUCUGCAGCCUGCUUAUGGCAUUGCGUGUGUGUAGAGUGAGCUGAUUGUGGUGUGGUUUUGAGUUAAUAGGUUGGUUUCAGUCAUGUUGUGUUUGUGGUGUAAUGUAAUGUAUGUGUGUCUAAGUGCUGUAGAGUGUGUGUGUAUGGGGGCAUAGUGUGUAUAGGGGAUGUAGUGAGUGUGUGCAUACGGGCUGUAGUGUGUGUGUAUUUAGGUAAUGUAGUAUGUGUUUGCUUACAAGGAAUCUAGUGUGUGCAUAGGGGAUCCAGGGGGUGUAUGUCACAAAUGUAGUGUGUGUGUAGGUGGUGCAGUGUGUGUGUGUAUAGGGGAUCUAGUGUGUGUUUGAAGGACCCAGACUGUGUAUAUGAGAUCUAGUGAGUAUGUGUGUAGAGGAUUCAGAGUGAAUAUAGGGAUCUAGUGUGUGCAUAUGUGUAGAUGAUUCAGAGUUGGGUAAGGGAUCUAGUGUGUGUCUGGAAUGUAAUGUGUUUAAGGGUGCAGUGUGUGUGUGAAGGGUUCUGUAGUAUAUAUACAUAUGUUUGGAAGUAUUGUGUGUGUGUGUGUGGUGCAGUGUGUUUGGGGGCUGCUGUGUGUGUGUGUUAGGGAUGUAGUGUGUAUGUGUGAGGGGUGUAGUUUGUGUGUGUGUGUGUGUGAGGGUGCUGUGUGUGAGGGGUAAAGUGUGUGUGUGUGUGACGGUGCUGUGUGUGAUAGGGUGCUUUGUGUGUUUUAGGGUGUUGUGUGAGAAUGGUGUGUGUGUAUGCGUGUGGUGUGUUUGGAGGGAGGCAGGUUUUUUAAACACCUUGGUGACCAGACCGUUUUUCAAUUUUCUUACCGUUAAGGACCAGGGAUCUUUUUAUAUGUCUGCGGUGUUUGUUUUUAGCUGUAAAUUUCCUCUUACUCAUUUACUGUACCCACACAUAUUAUAUACCGUUUUUAUCGCCAAUAAAGGGUCUUUCUAAAGAUACCAUUAUUUGCAUCAUAUCAUAUAAUUUACUAUAAAAACAAAUAUAAAAUAUAAUGAAAAAAAUUUUUUAAAACACACUUUUGCUUUGCUUUGACCCCCAAAAACUGUUACGCAUCUACAACCGCCAAAAAACACCCAUGAUAAAUUGUUUCCAAAUUUUUUCCUGAGUUUAGAAAUACCCAAUGUUAACAUGUUCUUAGCGUUUUUUGCAAGUUAUAGGGCUAUAAGUACAACUAGCACUUUGCUAUUUCCAAACCAAUUUUUUUUCAAAAUUAACGCAUUUUGCACAAUGGCUUCCGAUGCUCUGCUCUGCUUUACUGCCGGGCGCCACAUGGAGCAAUCCGGAAGGGAUCGCUCCGGGGGGAGCAAUCACUCAGGUGCCUGGCAGUAAGAGGCAUCGCUGCAAUACCAUCAGAGCAGCUGGAAGAUCUUUGAUCUCCCUACUGGCCUGUCAUGGAAGCAGGGCCGGCACUCUCUUAUAACGCUGGCCUUGCAUGAACUGGCUGGGGAGAUCCUGAGACCUCCCCUGCCAGCCUCGGCCCAUGGCCAUCUAGGCCCACCGGCAUUUGCCCGGUGUACCCGAUUGCCAGACCGGGCCUGAUAUUAGAUGACACCAUGUCAAAUAGGCAUACAUGUCAUAUUCUUAAAUUACUCAAACUGUUCAGAGUUGUAACCCUGCUGAUUUUAGCCAAAACUCCUCCGACCCACGGAAAAUUACCAUUACUACCCCACUACGAUGUGAUAGCUAAAAUAUUUCUUACCUUAAUACUUGGACCCUAAAUUCCAAAGUAUUUUUUUAUUUUUAAAGUAAUUUUAUUAAAACAUUGUGCAUUUGCAAACCCCUCUAAUGGAUUCAAGAUAUUUCAGAGAUUAAAGAGACAUCAUCACGUCAUUACGUUCUACGGCUUCCUUUUCAUAAUCUGUUAUAACCAGAAAGCAUAAAAACUUUUUGGAGCAUCCUUGGUUUACAUAAUAUGGUGGCGAAUGCAAAAAAAAAAUACAUAAAUAUCUGGACUGUAUUGGACUUGGGGAGAAAACAAAAAACAUUUGUUAUUAUUUAACUGACCUUCUUUAACUAUCGUUUAAAAGUAAAUGUGCAAAGCGAUCUACUUCUUGCAGUAAUUGCUACUUCUCGUCUUACAGAAGGCCUAGCCAGUUCUGUUUCUUAAAUAACUGGAAAAUAUAUAUGUAUUAUAUAUGCUCCAACACAGAUGUUACACAGUGGAUAUCCUAACCAGGGUGUCACUGCAAUAUGUUUAGAACUCAUUAUUCAUUCUUUUACAUUUGGUGCCUGCAGGAUCUCUUUAAUUGUUCCAUUUGCAGGAAUACAAGCUUGAUGAAUAUACAUUAGCUGUAGUAAAUAAUUGAAUGCUAUUUAUUUCAUUCACUGAUGCACAAAGUUUUGUAUAAUUUCUUUUUCAUUCCACUGGCUCCUUUAUACAGUUGUCAUAUAUACACAUGACGGCAAGAUUGUCUCUGCAUCUGAAUGCAUUCUAAUCUUCCAUUGACUUAUAACUAUAAUGGGCUGUAAUCAGAGCAAAAUAAAUCAGUUUCACUCUUGUCUGAGAUUGAAAUUUAAAUAAGCAGAGCAGAAUUGGCAGAGUUUGAUAACAUAGUAUCAGAUGAAAAAUGGAGUUUGUAAUGCUGACAAUGUCUAUAAAUAAUGUCUGUUCUGAAACAUUUUAAAUCUCCAAAUGAUAAACACACCACCAGAAAAUGCUAUGCAAUUUCAAACUUUUGAUGUUCAAAUACUCUCACUAGCAGUGAUAAAGACAGACGUACUUUUUGGGAUGGAUAGCUUCCUACGUAAUUGAGAAAUAUGUCUGUGUCCUAAUUAAAACGUAACUUUUAUUAAAAUAUCUUCUAAAAUAAGCAGGAGUUUUUGGUGAGUUUCAGUUUUGCACACAAUAAUAUUACUCAUUUAAUGCAUAAGAAUAAUAAUUAAAAGGAUAAAUCAGCAUUGCAAGGUAUCAAAAUCCCCCCACUAUUAAUUAUUAGACACAGUAACAGACCAAUCAACAAUAAAUAAAUAGUGAUAGUAAAUCUUCCUUGUAUAAAUCCACAUGUAGAUACCCUUAGAUUACAUACAUUUUGUUAUUUUUCUCUUAAAGGGAUACUAUAAGUGCCAGGAAUACAAAACUAUAUUCCUGGCACUAUAGCCCCUCUGCUACCGCCCUCCCUCGUGCACCUGCUUCCCCAGUGAAUAAAGGGUUAAAAACCCUUUAUUUAUUUACUUUUUCCCAGCGCCAAUUGGGGACGGACUGGCCCACCGGGAUACCGGGAAAUUCCUGGUGGCCCACGGCACCUGGGGGCUGCACAGCUCUAAUUCUUCCCUCUUAUAGAGAGGGAGCCCUGUGGCCAGCUUGAGUAACACAGCGGCGCCGGCCGCAUGUAGGUGCCGCCAGGUGCCCGUCCAGUGCCACACGAGGGGGCCGGGCGCGUUCAAUAGUUACAUUGCGGCCACAUUGAGGGCUUGGGGGGAGACAAAGAGACACACAGAAGGUUUGCUGGGGGAGACAUAGAUGCACACAAAAGGGGCUGGGGGGGAGAGACAUACAGAGGGUUGGCGAAGGGUAAAAAGAGAUACACAGGGCUGGGAUGAAGUAAAAGAUACACAAGGUGAGUUGAAAAACGCACAAGGGGAGUUGUAAGAGACAGAAAGGAGAAAAGAUACACUAAACGAGUUUAAAAAAAAAAAAAAUCAAAAGAGGGAAUAAGAAACAAAAAAAUGGCAACAAAUUAAAAAGGGGGUUAAGAUAAACACAAGAGAAGAUAAAUUUUUUUGGUGUGUGUUUUGGGGGGUACAUUUUUGCCUUUGCUGGCAUGACACAUUAUUGGGCUGGUACUACUACUGGACAUAUUCUAGUAUCAGGAGCUAGUGGGACUACACAGUCCUCUCCUUUACUACUUUGAUCUAUAAGAGAUGAAAUCAUGUGUCACUAAAACAGGCUGCAUGAAAGUAGAAAGGGAAGGAUUUUAAGAAAGAAGCAUAAUAGCAGUGACAGCAUGACAGUUGUAGUAUUCGAAAAGGGGGGUGUCAGGUUGGUGUACAAGCAAAACAAGCUGACAUACACGAGUACCGGUUAGCUAUUUGUGUGCUGCGGAAAUAUAAUCAACUUUUACUUUAAUUCAUGUCUGCUGCUUGCUCUGCCCCUGAUCUGCCUGUUUUGGUGACAUCAUCAGAAGUGAUUCUCUGAGCCAAUCACAAUGCUUUCCCAUAGGAUUGACUGAGAUUGUCAAGGACGCAGAUGAUGGUCAGAGCCAGCUCUGGCCAGUCAGCAUCUCCUCAUUGAAAUGCAUUGAAUCAAUGCAUCUCUAUGAGGAAAGUUCAGUGUCUCUAUGCUGAAGGUGGAGACACUGAAUAGAAGUGCUGCACAAUGUGGAAGCACCUCUAGCAGCCAUUUGCGUGGCCAGUGGAGGUUUCCCUAGGCUGUAAUGUAAACACUGCAUUUUCCCUGAAAAGACAGUGUUUACUGCAAAAAAGCCUGAAGGUAAUGAUUCUACUCACCAGAACAAAUUCAAUAAGCUGUAGUUGUUAUGGUGACUAUAGUGUCUGUAUUGUGGCCAGGUUGUCAUUGGAAUAGCUAUAGACAGACUGUCUGAUAUAAUUUCUAGCGACCAUUGCAACCAGGCUCUUGAAGUUUGUCAAGAUGUGUCUUAAAUUACUUCUAUAUACAAAUAUAUUUAACAUACACGUAUAUUAACAUUGUUUGUACUGAAACAAUGCCUCAUCUGGUUAAACUAUGAAUGCACAAUACAAUUUAUUGUUUUAUUUUUUUUAUUUGUAGCAUCCAUGCCCUCUUUGUGAAGAAGCUAAAGAAAUACUUUUACCGUACAUGAACAAGGUAAAAUCUAGAUACCUCUCUAUUAUUAAAAUUACUUUGUCAUUUGUCUAUGAAUAUAUUAAGUCUUGUCACUUCCAUUAUUAAAACUAUAAAUGAGGCUGAUUAUUUUGCUUGUAAUAGUACUGAUAAUUUAUACAGUGUCAGUGUCUUUUGAAUAAUAAAUAUAAAACUUUAUUAUUUUGCAGUGAUGAUACACAUUUGGUUAGUUUGCCACAGAGGCUCUGAAACGUACUGUAUAAUAAUAUUUGAAAGUCUGCUCUUAAUGAGGGCUUCAAUCGUCCUACCAGGGGCCCCAUGUAUGCAUAUUUUGAAGAAGAAAUACCUUGACUACUGUCUGUAAUGUAUCACUUGUCCUGUGACUGACCAAAGAUUUGUGCACUGGGAACCAAAUCACCAGUUGUAAGUAGUCUUGUGUGGAGUAUAGAACUCUUGAACAAAUAGAAUAGUCCAAGAGGUAUCUGCUGCACUCAUUAUUACUUUGUUUAUAAAACACCCACCUUCCUAAAUCACAAAGCCACAAUAUAUUAAAAUCUUUUUUUAAUUGUUUUUAUGAAUGCAUUUCUUUUACAUUUAUUGCCCUCCCAUCAUUAUUAUUUGUGUAGGAUGGAUUGGCAGAACAUAUUUAGCAUGGUUGCUAGGGGACCCCCAGUCAUAUGGGGGAAGAGGGCAAGGAGAGGUCCAUUAUUAUUAUUAUUAUUAUUAUUAUUUUAUUAUUUAUAUAGCACCAACAAAUUCUGUAGCGCUGUACAAUGGGUGGACUAAGAGACACAUAAUUGAGAUCAGACCAUUAUAUCGGUAUAUGAUGCCCAACAGAGUGGAAAUCUCUUGGGAAUCUCGUAUUUUGUAUAAAAGGCACAAAUCAUUGGACAUUUCCUAGGUACUAACAGGAGCCCAUAGUAUUUAAUAUAAAGAGAAUGGGCAUCACCUGGGCCCUGGUAGGGACACUAUACAUUUAUUUAAGUAGCCCUGGAGACUGUGCAUCUUCUGUGUCCUAGUAGAGACAAUAUUAUUUUAUACUAAGCAUCUCCUGGGUCCUAGAGGGGACCAGUAUUGUUUUAUAUAAAGGCCCUAUCAGGACAAUAUUUAAUAAAGGCCCCAGCAGACUAGAUCUAUUACUAGGCAUCUUCUGGGAUCCAAUAUAUAUACUUUCACCCCACUGCACAUGGGCUGAAUGAUAGUGUCGGCGCUAUUUGUCAAGCUACCUAGUAUUUUGGUCAUCUAGCUGAAACCACACUGAAAAGAGAGCGCAAAUUGUAGAAUGUUUGGGGGUAGGAGUUGUUUGUGUCUGUUUCUACCAGUGGGAGACAAUUUAUAAUUUUAAUGGAUAAUAACAGUCAGUAAACUGUUGCAAUCAGGUUAGAAAGCAGGUGGUAACCAUUCACUAAGUAGCAAUUCACUUUUCCCGUCAUACUCAUAUACUCAUGAGAGCUAUUAACAGUAGUAAUUCACUGUUGUAAAUAGCAGAAUUUCAACUAACGGUUGGCCAGUAACGAUUAUCAACAAGCUUUCCCUUUCAGCGUAUGCAGUAGCACAAAAGAGAAGUAAGCCUGACUGAGUUUGUAAAAACGCAUUACCUUUGAAAAUAGAAAUACAAAACUAACUUCUGGUUAAAGGUUUUCAAUGAAUACUAUUUCAUGAUUAAACCUUGUCAAAUGUGAUUGUCAUCUUGUUUUCCCAAUUACUUUUAAUGAAUUGUUUAAUACAAUUUUAUAGCAAUUUACAUUUGAACACCUGCUUCCAUGGACCACAUUUGCUAAAUUUCCUUAUCAUAUUUGCCUACUAUAAAAUGCUUUGUGUGAUAAUCCUGGAAUGUAUCAAAUGUCUGGGACUAAACCAUAUUUUGCAUGCAAUUACAGACCACAAAUGUAAUCUGAUAUUAUAAUGGAAAAAUGAAGUCACAGUGAAUUAAUAAUGAUCAUUUGUUGAAAUAAAAUGAUGUGUGUGAGUCACAAACGCUGUCAUGGUUACAGAGGGUGCGUUUAAAUGAAAAAGAAAACAACAAAACAAUACAAAUGUAAAACUGUAACAGCUCAUAACUGUAGGUAUGUAUGUCUUUGGGACUUGUUAAAAUCUUAUCUUAAAGUUAAAUAAUCACUUCUAUAACCAUCUCUUCUUUUCUUAUUUGUGAAUAGUGAUGGUGUACAUCCAGUAUACUCACCAUGCGUGAUGUGUAGCAAUUUAAGAAAAAAAAAAAAAAACACAAGGAACUCUGUUGGAAACAAUAAAUUGGGUCUAUUAUAUGACUGUUAUAUGACUCCUUUUUAAACAUAAUUUAUCAGAAAAGUUUUCAGCUUUUCCAUGUGCACCCCGUUUUUUUCCCUCUAAACAUAUUUACUCUUUUAAUCUUGUUUUUUUUUUUUUCCUUCCUUUCUUCCAACACCAAAUCUGUCCCUUGGGGCAGUGGCUUCAAAGUAGUUGUUUUUUUGGGACAUAUAAAGAAAGAAACAUUUGCGGCCUGCGGUGCAUUUCUUGCAGUCCUGAUGCAUGGAGAAAUGCUUAACUCCUGAUGCAUGGAGAAAAGGCCUUCACAAGCCUCUGCUAUUGUGUACAUAGUUUAUACUAAGUGACCCAUAGGUUGAGGAGGCGGUGACCAUGGCGGUGUAGGUGGAAGCAGCGGUGGAGGAGGAGGAGGUAGCCAACACUGUUUAUAUAUAUAUAUAUAUAUAUAUAUAUAUAUAUAUAUAUAUAUUAUUUUUUUUUUUUAAUUGGGGUAGCCCCCAAAAUAUUGGGACAUACAAAAAAGAAAACUGUUCCGCAGAGCGACUGACCCACGCGUGCUGCAUCUGAAACUCCGUUAUUGCCUGCUGCUGCUCGCACAGUCUCAUGAGGCGGUGAGCGGGAAGGCCAACGUUACGCUGCAGCGCAGACAGGCAAGCAGCAGCAGGGUGAGAACGACAAAAGCGCGCACAGCCGCUACAGUGAAUGUCACAUCCUGUUCCAAGUUUCGGAUCAGUCUGGUGAUGGCUUCUGGUAUCCAGUACUCUUUUUACUGAAGCUGCAUCAUGUUCCUGGUAUGUGGCCGCACAAACGCUGGUGCUCAACACCAGGGGGCGUGCGGUUACCCUGCACCAGACCCUGCUAAUCCAUUCCACACUGUGUCUCCUAACUUCCACAUCAGGCAUACUGGGUCCCAGUCGUCCGACCGCCACCCAGACAGUGUCUGGGUCCCGGUCACCGUACUGCGAAACUGCGAAUGGCUCGUUAAAUCUGUUAUGGUUCUUUUUAUCGCUUCAACUGUUACUUGGAUAACUGUGGGAAUUCUAAAGAUAAUACAUGCCGAACGAGCACUAGGGGAUGGCCGCUCUGCUUUUGCACCCUACUCCCUCUUAUGCUGUGCUGGUGCUUCUGUGCGACCAGCGCCUCUCCUCCAAACUGCACACGUCACUCGCAUGACCUUGAUUCCAUGUGGGGUCUAGGACCUCAUCAUCCUCCACAUCAUCUUCUACCCACUCCUCAACCCUGCCCUCCUUGCCGGUAUGCACACUGCAGAAAGCCACAGCAGUUGGCACCUGUGUUUUUCCAGCAUGUAAAGUCUGCAAAGGACAUAUGGAAAUUGUUUUAGAAUUGUAUCCAGGCAACAGUUUUCCCUAUAAACUGACCUCUCAGUUUGACUUGUGAGGGUAUUGCCCCAGAAUUACAAUAUUGUUUAAGUACCUCUUAGCUAUUGAUAACUGGUUUAAAUAUAGAAGCUUGUUAUCUGGUAGUUUCUAGUGUAGAAAAUAUCAAUCUGUUUUCUAUCACUUAGAUCUGAGUAACAAGUGUUGUAGGUGUGAAACAAUAUUACAAGUGACUGACCGAUGUAGUAAAUUCGAAAGUUCCAUUUGCAAAAAAAAUUCUCGACCAUCUUCUGUGGGUUAUCGCAUUUUUAAGAUGUAGACUUAUUGUAUCACACUAGCCAUGCACAGGUAGAUUGUCUGGCAUGUUGUUUUGGUGUUUGGUUUUUAACUUUGUAGUUGUGUCUUUACACAAUAUAGAAAUGUAUAUUAAUGCUUCUGUAUAUGAAGCGACCACAAUAACACUUAUUUUUCACUUUAAAAAAAAAAAAAAUCAGACAAAACUAAAAUUGGUAAUUAACAAUAUGACAUCUGAAAAGCACACGAAAGGAUGCUGUAUGAUUUAAAAAAAAAAGAGCACACCACAUGAAGAUCCUGUUCACUAGAGUGUGUAGUCAUGAGUGUAACCAGUAAAACUUUGUUUUUACAGCCAAGGGUUGGCCCAUACAUAUUUUAAAACUUGUUUAAUUUUGUUAUAGCAUGACUUGUAGUCUUGUUUUUAACUUGUCUAUAAUACAUAUUUUUGUAUGACACUUUUUUGUUUUUUCAUUGAUUAUUGAAUUUUAAUGGUCUAAGAUAAUUAACAUGUCAACAGGCAAACGUAACCCGAAUGAUUUGUCUCAGUCUUGCCUUCUAUACUACCUGCACCAUAGGCAACAUGUAUUUGUCUUUAGAAUUUCUUGAGAAGCGGUAACUAGCCAGUGUUGCACACAUACACCAGAUAUGAAGUGCACACCCCAAAUGUACUAUUUAGCACCCAGAAAAUUUGAAUGUUUACAACUGCGCUGUAAGCGCACUAUUAGACGCUUCGAUUUGACUCUCAGAUAUGAAGAGCAGGCCCCAAAAUGUACUAUUUAGCAGAUUAGCAGCAAAACAAUUAGAAUGUUUACAACUGCGCUGUAAGCGCACUAUUUGACGCGUCGAUUUGACUCUCAAAUAUGAAGUGCACGCCCCAAAAUGUACUAUUUAGCAGAUUAGCACCCAGAAAAUUAGAAUUUUUACAACUGUGCUUUAAGAGCACUAUUAGACGCUUCUAUUUGACUCUCAGAUAUGAAGUUCACGCCCCAAAAUGUACUAUUUAGCAGAUUAGCAGCAAAACCGAGGUCCAAAAAACGUAAUGUUUGGUACGAACCCGAACUUUACAGUCCGGUUACGCUCAACUCUAGUAAAGAGACAUGCAUCCUUCAAGUUUAGACUUUCUCACAUCUGUUCUUGCUGUUGAAACAGAAUGCGCAUUGGAUUGGUGGAGCACUGUGAUUGCUGCGCAUGCACUGUAGUUCCCCAAAGAAUUAUUUGACUGGAUCUGAGAUCAUCAAAUGUUAUGAUCUUAGUGAGGGCAGAUUGGCCUGCAUCAAGGAGACAGUCUUGGCACUAUGAAAUAGAUAGGUGUAUUUAUUUAAUUUAUGAAACCGUGGGGAUCUUAAAUCUAAAACCAAAAAUGAACACCCUAACAAUAAAAUUUAAAUCAUGUAUUUAAAAUGCAGUGUUACUUUAGUUAAAUCAGCAUGUAUAGCUUUUUUUUUUUUUUUGAAUGAAUGAAUGAAUAAGUAUUGCUUAGUCAAAAAACGUUUAGGGUAGAAUACUGCGUUGCUGCAAUCUAUAUUUAUUUCCGAGGAGAACUUGGUAAGAUCUACUUCCUAAUUCCAGUAGUCUGUGUAUGUAUAUUUACUUUUAACUACAUGUUUUUUGCACAUAAUUGGUUAAAAUAUAAUGGAGUCUCUAGAGGAGCUGUCUGGUUUCUAUUGGUAAAUUACUUUAAAGUGGUCAUUGUCAAUCAUCAUCCUAUUUUAAUAGAGUGCGUGUGUGUGUGUGUGUGUGUGUGUGUAUAUAUAUAUAUAUAUACACACACUUGAAAACGGGAGAAAUCUCAUUGUAUCCUUCCUGGUAAAAUAUUUUAUAAAUAUAUAUACAUACAUAUACACAUGCACAUUUUGAUGAGUUUGACUGUACCAUUCAAGCGCAGAGAUAAAAGACUGGGGAUUCUGCUAAAUUUUAGAAAUAUCACUGUGACGGAUAGCUGGACAGCAGACUAGAGCCGUCCCUGGGCUCACGUCACAUUAAGUAGGGCAAGCAAGCGUGGCAGCCCAGUAAAAGUGUAGAUGGAUGCCAGGAAUAUUUAAAAUAAUUAAUUAUUCAUGUAAAGCAACUGAGCACUGCAAGGUGAGACUAAAAUGUUACUGGUUAUAGUAUUCCCUAUAUAAGAUAAUUCACAAGCAGAAAAAAUUAGCUUUGCAUGAAAAUGAUUUCACACUAAGCAAUAAAAUAUAGAAUAUUUGCAGACAUGUAUUAGGCAAAGGCAUAAUAGAAAUGCCAAGGAUGAAGGUCUUUUAAAAUUUAAUUAAAUAAAAAAAGAAAAGCAUUUAUGGAACUUUACAGGAUAUGUUACGCAACAUUAAUAAUCAUGUUCCUGCGAAUUGGUCUCAGCAAUAUACUCUUAGUUUAUAUUAGUUCUAACAUUAAUAGAAAAUAGUCCUCGGGCAGAACAGGGAGGAUCACUUGCUGGAAUUCUCUGUGUUUUUAUCAUUAUCUAGGAUUUAUAAAGCAAUGCAGGGGUCUCUACACUUUCAGAAUGGCCUAUGGAUAAAUGGUGCACUGCAUAGCCGGUAUUAAUUGACGAGAUUACAAAACUGGUGCAUUAACGGACGUUAUAUGUUUUUAGAAAGAAUGCAUUUGUUUUUGUUUAGAAUAGGCUCUACGCAUUGUUUACUUUACAAAGUGUCAACAUUUUAGUGAACCUGGCUAUUGUUGAGGGCAAUGUUUCAGACAAUUGUGUGCACCUAUUGGUUCGAGAUGUCUGCUCCAAAUGAUGUGUUCUAUCAGAAAGCUUUGAGACAGGCUUAGAACAAUGCUGUGUUAGCACUUGCAGCACAGUGUCAUAUCCAAUACAUAUCUGCUGGUCAAGCCUUUAUGGGAAAUCUUCAGACUCCACAGAAUGAGCAGACCUGGUGGUGGAGCUGGUUCUGGCUCGGGGCAAAGUUCACUGCUGCUUGCAUAGUGAUUUGCAGUAACUGCAGAAACCUAAUAUGGGAGUUUCAUUUUCAUUUAUUUACAUAUUUUUUCAACACAUUACCUACAAAAAGCUUUAGAGAAUAGGUGGAAUUGUCCAGACUCUAGUGUUCCUUUAAAAUGUUUUAUUACUGGUAUUUAUAAAGCGCCAACAUGUUCAGCAGCACUGUACAAUCUGGGGAGAUAGACAGUACAGUAUAGACAAGCCAAUGCAAAAGGAGAACCCAGCCUGUGAACUGAGAUUUUUAUGCAAAGUAUAUAGCUAGAUGGCUCAUGAGUUUACAUUCUAAAGGAUUUAUCUCCUUUACGUUAACGCUAUCAUAUACGAUCAUUGAAAUGAUUUUAUUUAUAAACACUUCGUGUUAUUAUACCACUUAGCUACUAAUAUUAUUGCAAGUCACAUUUAUUCCACACAUAAAUAUUUACAUCUGUUAUUUUACAUUUCACUGCCAUCACAUGCCUGGGGUUUUUCAUUAACUUUAUAUUAGAGGCAAUGAAGUUUACUUUCCUUGCCAUAUGCCGAGCAGCAAAUAUCAUCAUAAAAAGUUAUGUUGUAUUACUUUGCGUAUCACAUUUUAAUAGUUUUAUCCAAUUUGGCAACUAGAUCCAAUAUUUGCCCAUUUGGAGGUUAGUAGGAGCACUCCAAACCUCUAGUACUUCAGCUUGCAGAAACGCUUUAGGAGUUAAGAGUGUCUUAGUCUUUAAAAGUGUCAAUCAGCUGUGGGGUGUUCUAUUGAGAAGCAUUCUGUUGGUGAUCACUGCACAAACGCCAUAGAACCCUGAUGUUUCUCCAUGAGAUACAUUUUCUUGCCCCAAGAAACCCUUACUAGUUAAGAUCUCCUGAGUGAGUGUGGAGCAGAGCUGUGGCAAAGAGGCCAUCUCAAAGCUGAUAAUAGAUUAGUAACCGCUUUAUUUUUGAGAUACUGGUUGGGGGAGCACGCUCUUAUUGAAAUAAUAGUACAAGAACACUCCAGUGUUACAAAUUAAUGUAUUUAUUUCUAAUGCUACAGUAUUUCUAUAAAAUCACAAAGAAAAGAAGCUGCAGCAAUAAGCAUUGCCAACCAAUUCUCUACGUGCAUAUAACCACAAAAUGUGUAUGACAUAUUUGUUAACACAAAAAAGGUAUACACUAUGUACAGGAAGAUAUGGCAAACAGGGUUUUAAAUGAUAGCAAUGCAUAGUGCCAUCUAAUAAUGCACUAGAAAUUGCCAUUUAUAGGGUUAGUCAGUAAAGUGAGAAUUCAAGGUGAAUUUAACGUUAAUUUAAAAUUUAAGGUCAAAAUAGCUGAACUGGAAAAAUUCCGCUAUGCUUUCCAUUCCGCUACUCUGGCCUUAAAUUUAAAAUUGACUUUCAAUUAACUUUGAAAUCUCACUUGAGUGAAUAGUCCUGCAUGUCAGGUGAGAUUUCUGGUUAAGAUCUUAUGACCUUCAAUGGAGCUCUCACUUUCUCUGUUGUCUUCUGGAAAAGCUUGAGCUGAAUAAAUGAUUUAACAUACCUGUAGCUAUAUUUGCAGAUACUCUUGUUCAUUCAAUAGAACGUGAUACAUUGAAGCACUAUAAAACAAUUUUCGGAUAUUACUUUACAUGGGCAUUGUCUGUCAAUAGCUGGUCUGCAAGUUUAACCAUUUGCCAUCUGCAUUGUUUGGUAUUAUUUAAUGUAAAACAUAGCUUGCUGGACUUGAAUCUGUAAAAUGCUUUAAAUUCACAAUGGGGAUUAAAAGAUUGAAAAAGAAAAGAGAGUUGAAAUUAAUAAGGUUUAGAAAGAUGGAACAAAUGUUGCCUUUUUAUGACACAAAAUGUACACUUAAGUAUAUUUGGCAAAAAUGUGUGUAUUUUGUACGUUUACUGGUACUUUAUUGACAAAAACUUAAAGGAACAAUAUAGUGCCAGGAAACCAAACGUGUAUGCCUGACACUAUAGUGGUAAUCUCACGGUUUAACUCCCCGGUCCCGCUUGUCCCCUUUAAAAAGUUAAUUUUACUCAUUUAAUCUCCCACACUGCCCUGGUUUCGCAUUGGCUGACUCUGCCUCAAUCCACCAUCGUGGCUGAGAUUAUCAUCAAACCUGAUGGUCUCUGCUUAUCCAAUGAUUUCCAAUAGCAUUGGGAGGCUAUUGCACAUGUGUGGCAAAAUGCUACACUGAACGUAGCACUUACCCAGGAAUCCCUUUUAACAGCCGUCUGAGUGUGGUGUUUUAAAAAGCCUGCAGGAACAGACAUCAAGCUGUAGUUGUUCUGGUGACUAUAGAGUCGCUUUAAGGUUUCAGAUUGUAGUGCAAGUAGUUCAGGGAUGUGCAAUUCACCACACACCCAAGACAUGUAGCUCCGGGCACUGAGCCGGCAGUUUUUUGGUUUAUUUUGCUAUUCAGCCCUGCUGUGGGCAAGCAGUUGGGUUGCUACACUUAAGAAUUAAGAAAUAUAAGCUGGAAGAUGGAAUAAAGCAUACAAUGGUGGAUAAACAUAAGGUGACAAGCCUGGAACAGGGGACCUCUGGUGAGUUCAGACCACAGAAAUCUUUCCCUUGUACUCUGGGGCUCACUAGUUAGUCAGAACCACAGUAUUCACAACCUGUGCUUUGACUUACUGAGCGAUAGAUUGUGAGGGAGCAAUUUCUGUUGUCUGCACCCGCCAGAAGUGCAGACCACAUGGUGGGCCACCAGGGAUGCAGGGUUCGCACUACACAACCAAGGAAUGUGACCACAUGUUGGACCAGCAGGUAUUCAAUAAAUCUGAGUAGGGGAAGGAUAAACAGAGUACCACACAUACAUGUUACAGAAAGCUAGCACACACACACAUACACACACAUUAUACAUACAGCCAGCACACAUCAUUUACACAUACUCACAAAUGACACUCAGCCAACAUAAACAACACACAUUACAAAACUAGUCAGCACAAAUCACAUGCACACACAUUUCAUACACCCACCACAUUUACACAAAUUACAUAUACGGUAGCUAACACACACAAUACUAUACAACCCGUCAACACACACUAUAGGGGGAGGACAGUUAGUUGAUACACUAAACUAAAUUGUUUGCAAAUUAAAUCCGAAUGGCUAAGCUGAGUCAAAUUUGGUGCAUCCUAUAAUUAUUUUUAAACCCUGCUAUGAGAAAUGUCAAGACAUAUCCGAUGUUUAAAACACUGCCUAAAUUGGAUUGGAUGCUAUGGCUUCUACAUAUAUUGCCAUAUAAUACUUUAUCCUUUACAGAAGACUGAACACGGAAGAUAGAUGCCAAACCACAGUUAUGUGAUCACCUGACAUAGCUUUGCUGAUAGUUGUAACAUGGCCCAGUGCUAUUCUUGUACUGUUCUGUUAAGGGAAUAUCUGAGUAUGAAAGCAGCUGAAGACAGAAGCCAGGUUUUUAUGUUAAUCAUUGAUCAUCGCACAUCCAGAGUUCACACCCCUCUGGACUGGAAUCAAUUAUUGACAGUUUAAAAAUGUCAGUGGUCAGUGAAGGAAUAUCCAUUAUGCAAAUGCUCACCAUUAGCAGUUAGUUCAGACUAACACUUCCCCAUUCUCUCUCUUGCAUUCAUUUCUUUAGUUUUCUUUGUUUAAACAAGAAUACGGUCACAUGUUUAGAUGUUCAUUCAUCUAAACCUAUUCUACAGAUCUACGUAAACACUGUGUACCUGCAUGCCAAGUCUCACUAUUGGCUAAUGCUUAUUUUUUUUUUUUUUGAUUGUUAUAUAAUACAAAGAACUGCAACUCACGGUUUUCCUAAAGUUAUAGUUACUUUAAAAAAUAAAUAAAUAAAGAUUACAGUGGAACUGGAAACCAGUGAACGAGUAACAUAUGUAAAUGUGUUAAUUUUGACAGUUAUUUAUACUGCAUGUCUCCAAAAUCAAAAGUAACUGGUCAUGUGUGAUGAGCUGAUCUGUUAUCCCCACAACCAAAAUACAUGGAAAUAAAUGUUUGUAAUUUGAAUUGAACCAGAACAAUUAUACAUUUUGGAGCAACACUUAAUUCCUCUGCAAGCAGUGUUCACGUUGAUGAGUAAUUUUGCAACAUAUUGUGUCUAUAUAUGUGUGUGUGUGUGUGUGUAUGUAUAUAUAUAAUACACAAGAUCCAGCGCACUCACCUAUCCACUAAACAGCAAUUUCAAUGUUGAAAGAUUUUAUUUGUUUGUUUUUUUUAAAACACCUUAUCUAGGCAAAAAUAAUGGGGGUUUAGUUACAUUAUAUGAUCAUACAUUGCAUAAGCCUGCCACAACGUCAAUGUACCCCAUCUUUGGCAGGUCCUACACUAACAGCCUAAUGACUGCUCUUAUGAGAUUAACCCACUUACUUAUAUUUUUCCAUGUAUAAGACUAUGGAUUUUUCAAAAUUAUGUUAGUCUAAAAUUGGGGGUUGUCUUAUACGUGGAAUGUACUGCAGGGGUUAAAAAAAGCCCUUGUGUGCAGGCCUAAGUUAAGAUGGUGCCUGCCGCAUUUCAGUGUGCAACGGCCCACACACAUACCUGGCCUCCCUCGCACUAAUAAACUUCUGAAUGCUGUUGCAACGGGGCUCCAGAGUCAUGCCACACAGAAAAGGAGCAGCCAUAUUACGGUUUGCUCCACCUCAGGUAGAAAAGGAGCAGCCAUAUUAAGGUUUGCUCCAACUCAGGUAGAUCUUGCUUUCUGAUUUAUAUUUAUGGGGGAGGAAAUGGGGAUCAGGGAGCAGAGGGAAUACUACUGUGAUGUCCCAGCAUGCCCUCAUACCACCUGCUGUAUUGUGGGAGCUGUAGUUUCCCAGCAUGCACUAUGGAGCCAUUAACUUCACAGAGUACCGUAGCACAGGAGAGGCAUGAGAAUCAGAAGUGUUGUGCUCCUCAGAAGUCACCUAUAAAAUAUCAAAGUUAUUCUAUUUGAUGUUUAAAAUAUUGAUUUCUUAAUUUUGGACUUAAAAAAUAAGGGUCGUUUUAUACAUGAGGGCAUCUUAUACACAGAAAGAUAUGGUAACCGUUACUUAGUUUCCAAUGUGUCUGUUAGGGCAGAAUAUUAUAAAGUGGCUUCCGAUUGUAAAAUCAUACCCAACAGUAGUCUUGAUAAAGAUUUUGGUGGGGUUUAAACUCUGAUUAUAUAUAUUUCGUUAUUUUUUAUUUUUUUUACGUAAAUACAACUUUUACAACUUUUUUUGCUUUGGGAAGACCUGUGAAUGCAACCUUUAUGUUGUAAUAGAGCACUGAACACCCAUGAAUAAUAAUUGCAAUCACAUGUAAAGGAAAACUGUCAUCAUUUUCUAAUAUUAUUUAAAUAAGACAUUGCACAUAUUAUGACCCCGGUGCAUUAAUUUACAAUACAUACCAUUUAAUACCUUCUAAUUAGUUCAUCUUCUAGCUUACCCAAGGGGGAGGUUAUCUGUAAGAAGCAUUGAUAAUCCUACCAAAAACUGUACAGAUAAUCAAAAACUUAAAUGCACUCUGGCACGGUUUCAGUUCUACAUAGCAAAAUUCCAAGAGUUAAUAUUUUAGAAACAUUAGUUUUCCUUUAAUUAUUCAAUGAUCGUUCAAAUGUUUUACUUUUACAUUGUUUCAUUCUACAUUUUUCAAUGUGCCAUUUUAACAUCACUGUAACGAAAAACGAUAUGCUCUUUCUCAUUUCAAUUUGGAAGUGCAGUUCUAUAAAUCAAUGUACUACACUGGGGUUGAAGAAAGCUAGGUGUUCUAAUGUAGGCAGCUUUUUUAUUGAACCUUUUCGUAAAAACCAAUUGUAGCAAAUAUAACAUAUACCUAAUGUAUGAGCAUGGAUACAUAGUCUAAUGUUUCAGGCCACACAGCCUACUCUUUAGACUGAAUUCUGUUUCUAAUCAUCCCUUUAUGAGAGUAAUAGUGAGACAUUUGAGUUAUAUGAGAUGUAUACCUGAUUAAUCCAUGAACCUUUUUUGUAUGUGUAAUUAUGUACAUUUACGGAAGUGUUGAAAAUCGGCAUGUAGGCCAAAGAUCGAAAAGUUGUGAAGUAAUCACCCUGAAGGCAAAAUCAUAUUCUUGCUGAUUCCAGCAGUUUCCAUGGUAAUGUUGUGAAUUUUAGAAUUUGAUCUUUUAUUCUCUUCUAAAUCUGAUACAUUGCCCUCUGUAUUUUGUAAAUCUAAACGUUUUUAACACAUUGACGUAUUUACUCAUUUCUAUCUUUUUGCUUUAGUUUGUUUUAGAGCAAGUGGACAUUAGUCUUCCUGAGAACUCGACCUGGUAUGAAAGAUAUAAAAAUGAUAUUCCUGUUUUUCAUCUUAAUGGGCACUUUCUGAUGAUGCAUAGGGUAAACCUGAAAAAACUGGAAAAGCAUCUUGAAAAAUUGGAGCAAGAAAAUGGAAAACUUUAAUAUUGAAACAUGUUAGCUUACCUCAAAUAUCUCCUUGCUGUCAAAUAAAGUAAAUUAUUGUUAUUAUUGUAAUCAUAUUUAAACUCCUUUUCCACUUCGAAAGAACCACUUUAAACUCCUUGUCUAUAUAGAUCUAUCUAUGUAUAUAUAGAUAUAUAGAUAGUAUUGUUAAAUGAACACUCCGAGCACCAUAACAACUUCAUUUUCAUCAAUAUUAAGUUGUUAUGGUGCCAUAAGCCACCUGGUAAAUUCCAUGCCUUUAGUGGUUAAACUGCUCACAAACGGUUUAAACCCUUCAAGCAAGGCAGUGCAAUGAAGCUCCUGGCACCAUGACAACAUAAUUUCAAUUAAGUUGUUAUGGUGCACGUCGUGUUCCUUUAAGGUCAGAUAGGAUUUUGAUUUGAUUACAUAUGUAUGUAUCAUUAGCUGUUUAGUGUGAAUAAAAUCUUUUUAAAACAUUUUUAAAAUCAACUUACACUUUUUUUGUGUAAUAAUUAGUGUACCGAUAAAAUAAAUAAAUAUAUAUAUAUAUAUAUCUCAAAAUGUCAUAACAGCAAGCAUGUGAUUAAUCGACUCCACAAUUAAAGGGGAGCUGUCACUUUCCUUGACUAAACUUUUUUUAAUAUUAAAUAAUAUUGCUCAUGAUUUUG